AUGCGAUCAGAGAGCCAGCUGCUUCCAACAGAUGCCGUCAUCCGGGUCAAUAAGGGCGUAUUGCAUAACGGUAAGUCUAUCCAUGCUAGGAUUGGAAUGGGCCUCACAGACCAAGGUCCACCAGUUUAUCUGGAGUACUGUGUCCAGUUCUGGGCACCACAGUUCAAGAAGGACACUGACAAACUGGAACGUGUCCAGAGGAGGGCAACCAAAAUGGUCAAAGGCCUGGAAACGAUGCCUUCUGAGGAACGGCUAAGGGAGCUGGGCAUGUUUAGCCUGGAGAAGAGGAGGUUAAGGGGUGAUAUGAUAGCCAUGUUCAAAUAUAUAAAAGGAUGUCAUAUAGAGGAGGGAGAAAGGUUGUUUUCUGCUGCUCCAGAGAAGCGGACACGGAGCAAUGGAUCCAAACUACAAGAAAGAUUCUAUGAUUCUAUGAUCUCCUACCCUAAGAAAUUCUGGGAGUGCAAAUAUCCUAAGAAAAGUGUUGACCUUACUAACAUUUCCAAAAUUCCUUGGCUGCAUUACCUGAGCCAGAAUUCCCAGUAUUUCGUGUAAGAUUUCACUUUGGGUGAGUUUUGCAGUCACUCUAAGGAGCACCACCUGGGUCGAGUUCCAGAGCAUUCGGGAGCCUGCAAAACAACGAACCUCAAAGGGUUCAGACAGGAGUGAGGCAGCGUUGGCUGAAUGUGGGCCAAAAAAUGAAUGCAGACAAGACAGAGGUGUUAUGUGUUUUUGUUUGUUUACAAAAAUAUUUAUAUGCUGCUAUACAGUCAUACCUCGGGUUGAAUGUGCUUCAGGUAGAGCACUUUCGGGUUGCUCUCCGCGGCAACCUGGAAGUAACAGAGUGCGUUACUUCUGGGUUUCACCACUCACGCAUGCGCAGACGCUCAAAAUGACGUCACGCGCAUGCGCGGAAGCAGCAAAACGCGACACGCGCACGGGCAGACACGCUGUCACAUCUUACAUUCUAUUCAGGAUGUGAACGGGGCUCCGGAACGGAUCCUGUUCACAUCCCGAGGUACCACUGUAUUGCAGAAACAUAUAGAAGAGGUUUUUAACAGUAAAAAGAGGACAAAACCAUACAAUAAAAGCACAAUAAGUUAAAAACAGCAAAGUUAAGAAAACAAAAAACCUGUAAUCCACUCUUAAUUGCCUGCCUGGGCCUGGCGGAACAGAAAAGUUGUCAGCAGGCAGUUAAAAGGUGGCACAGAAGGCAGAAGGCGCCUGGUGAAUCUCUAGUGGCAGAGAGUUCCACAGCCCUGGGCCGAUGAUGCUAAAGGCUCGGUUUCUCAUUGUUGUCAAACGAGCCUCACUAGGGAUGUUCCUGCCGGUGAUCUCAGUGGUUGAGCUGGGAUAUAAGUUGCUAGUUCUCAAGCAUGGGCUCCAAAACUGCAUAUACAGAAGCUAUGUUGGGAUGCUUCCAAGGAAACGGGGGCAACUGGCAGGCCCCCAGCUGGCUCCAGCCCACCGGCCAGUAGCCGGAAGAUCUCCAGUCCUUGGAUCAGCAUGUAACUGCGAUUUGAGCUUCAGAAUCCUUCAGAAGCUGAGCACGCAAGCCAGCAGAGUAAAAAAACUCUUCGCAACAGAAGGGCAGAUAGAGGCUGCGUAAAGCAUAUUUACAAGCAGUUUAUUUCAGGACAAAGAAAACAUGUCUUCUCCCCUUCGUGUCCAAGCAAAAGGGCAUAAGCAAAAGCUAUACACAAAACGGAAGUUCCCAGCAAGCUGUACUGGAGUGUAAACAGGCAUGUGACAUACAACAAUUCCACACAUCUGUUAAGGUGGAACAGAAUAUCGUAACAAGCUCCCCCCCCCCCCAAGUCAAGGGAAGCAAAGCCCACCCCAUCUCUGCUGAAUUAUAAUGUGCUUCUCUCUUCCUUAGCAGGUCACGCAAGCCACUAUUUUUAAUAAUGCUGUUUUUGUAGGGCAGGGGGCCCUGGAGCCGAGUUUAUGGAACCGGGGUGGGGGUGGGGGAGUUUGGGAGCCCCUAAUCUAACCCAUUGAGCUCUGCCCUUUGCAACCCAGCCAGCAUGUGCCAUUCGUGGAAGAGCUUCCCUCGAGACCCAGCAGGGAAACCCUCCGGCUCCACCGUCCUGUCUGCCCUGACCUCUUUUUCCGACUUGCUUCCACAGCUGUCUCCAGCUCAAUGGCGCAGAGCAACGCCCUCCAAGGAGCCAUGAGAGAACUUCCGGUCGGAGGCGGCGGCGGGGACGGUGGCUUGCUGGGUGGCGUCCUUGGUGGCGGUGGCGGUGGGGGUCUCCUGGGAGGUGUCACUGGGGGCUUACUCGGAGGAGGUGGUGGUGGUGGCCUUCUGGGAGGCGUCCUUGGUGGUGGCGGCGGUGGGGGUCUCCUGGGUGGGGUCACCGGAGGCUUGCUUGGUGGCGGAGGAGGUGGCGGUGACCCUGUGGGGAUGCAAGCUGCCUAUGCUGCCCCUCCGGUUCCUGGGGGCAAUGGCGGGGCUGGUAGUGGUCCGGGUGCUAGUGGGCUGCUAGCUCCGGGAGGCCUGCUGGGUAGCGGAGGUCUGCUUGGCACUGCAGGGAUUCUGGGCGGCGGUGGCGGGCUCCUGGGCAACGGGGGCCUCCUGGGCAACGGAGGGCUUCUUGGAGGCGGAGGCGUGCUUGGCAUCCUGGGAGAAGGAGGCUUACUCAGCACCGUCCAGGGACUCACAGGGUAAGCAGGAGAGUCGUAAUCCUCACAACAAUUAAUCGGCGGCUUAUAAAGGGUGGCCACGCGGGAGCAGGGCCUUUUCUGCAGUGGCUCCCUGCAGAAUGCUCUUGUGGAAUGCUCUUCUCAGGCAGAAACCUCCCUUAACCGUCUGUGGCCUUUUAGGAGUGGGUAGGAUGUUUGCAGUGUAUUGUCCCCCCUGGUUUUAGUGGCUGGAUCUACACUCAUGGUUUUUAACGCUAAGAAAGCGUUAAGGAAUGGUUCCGAUAACCAUAUAGCCACAUGACGUUCUGCUCUUCAACGUUAUUAAAAUGUGACACCAGGCACUGCAGAGCAACCAGAAACCAAGGAGGCAGUGGGGAGAAAGGAAAAGAGAAUGUUUCCUGUUUUGACGUUUUUAGAACGAUAUUCCUAAUACCGUUCUCAUAACGUUUAAAAGGUGAGUGUAGAUCCAGCCUGUGUGGCGGGUUUGUUUGUUUGUAAGUAGCUUUGCGUUGCCUUGGGCAAGGUAAAGCUACUAACUAAUAAUAAUGAUAAUAAUAAUAAUAAUAAUAAUAAUAAUCCAGUAUGUGACUCACCCUGCUAAAGUCACAGGAAAGUCACACUAUAUCAAUCAAGGUAGUGGGAGCGAAAGUGGUGUGGCCACAUUUGGAAUACUGGGUACUGUUCUGGUCGCCUCAGCUCAAAAAGGACAUGGGCCACCAACUUGGAUGUCUUUAAACAAGGACUAGUGAUAUUCAUGGUGGAGAGAGCGAUCAAAGGCUACUAGCCACAGCUGGAACCAGCAAUGCUUCUGAAUACCAGUUGCUGCAAAUUGCAGGAGGCCAGAGGGCUCCUGUGCAUGGAUCCUUCUUGUGGGUUUCCCAUAAGAAGCAUCUGAUUGGCCACUCUUAGAGCAGGAUGCUGGACUAGGUGGGACCCCUUGGGCCUGAUCCAGCAGGCAGCUCUUCUUCCGUUCUCAUCUUGUCUACACCAGUAGUUCCCAAACCUUUCUUCCUACGGACCACUUUCAAAUUAUUGAGGGUCUUGGAGGAGCACCUAAUCGAAGCUGACUGGCUAUCAGUGGCUCCUGCAUAGCCAUGUUGAGUGCAAACUGCCUCUAGCAGGAGUUGGCUGCUGCUCCAAGCCCUACCUGUAAUAAUAUAAUAAUAAUAAUAAAUUUUAUUUAUACCCUGCCCUCCCCAGCCAGAGCCGGGCUCAGGGCUGCUAACAUAAAUAAAAUCACAGUUUGCAUAGUUUUCUGGUUAAAGGUUUUUGCUUUCCCCAGAGAGCUGCUUACUGGAUAUCAUUGCAUGUUAUUACAAAAAAAAGAUGGAAAAUUCAGGACUGAUAAAAGAAAGUGCUUUUGAACAGGGAUGAGACAAAUUCACAGAGGAGGAGAGGGCUAUUGAUGAUGAUGAUGAUGAUGAUGAUGAUGAUAAAUUUUAUUUAUACCCCGCCCUCCCUGGCCAGAGCCGGGCUCAGGGCUGCUAACAUAAAUAAAAUCACAGUAAAAACAUGACAGGGGAAAAAGAGAAGGGGAAAAAGAAACCAAUUUAAAAUACAGGUUAAAAUGCAAUUUAAAAUGCAGCCUCAUUUUAAAGUAGCCGAUAAAUCAAGACCAUAAGGGGAAGGAAACAUAAGGGUCAGGCCGAGUCCAAACCAAAGGCCAGGCGGAACAGCUCUGUCUUGCAGGCCCUGCGGAAAGAUGUCAAGUCCCUCAGGGCCCUGGUCUCUUGUGACAGAGCGUUCCACCAAGCUGGGGCCAGUACUGAAAAGGCCCUGGCCCUAGUUGAGACCAAGCUAACCUCCUUGAGCUCGGGACCUCCGAAGGGUUGUUAUUUGUGGACCUUAAGGUCCUCCACGGGGCAUACCAGGAGAGGUGGUCUCAUAGGUACGUGGCUCCUAGGCCGCAUAGGGCUUUAAAGGUCAAAACCAACACCUUAAACCUGACCCUGUACUCCACGGGGAGCCAGUGCAGCUGGUAAAGCACUGGAUGUGAGCUUCCUGGAGGCACCUAGGGAAACAGGAUGCUCACCUAGAGGAGCAUUUGGUCUGAUCCAUCAGGGUCUUCUUCUUGCAUGCUUACAUUUAGUAGGUAAAAACGUUUUUUCUGAUCUCCAGUCCAAAUGUGUCCACAUCCAUUUUUCAAAGAGUGGUUCUCGUAGGUCAUAAGAGAGAGCUUUGUCUGGAUGACCUCACUGCCUGCUUCUUCCUUGUAGGCUACGAAUUGUGGAGCUGACCCUUCCCAGGAUCAACCUUAGACUCUUGCCUGGAAUUGGAGUCCACUUGGAUUUAUAUACCAGGGUAGCGCUCAACGGUAAGAGGUAAGCAGAGCACCUUGACCCCUGCAAUUUAAUGCACAUGUUGCCGGCAGCUUCCUGGCUCUGGUUGAGGUUCUUCUUCUUAAUAAUAAUAAUAAAAAAAUUAUUAUUUGUACCCCGUCCAUCUGGCUGGGUCUCCCCAGCCACUCUGGGCGGCUUCCAACAAAGAUUAAAAAUACAUUAAAAUGUCACACAUUAAAAACUUCCCUGAACAGGGCUGCCUUCAGAUGUCUUCUAAAUGUCAGGUAGUUGUUUUUCUCUUUGACAUCUGGUGGGAGGGCGUUCCACACGGCGGGCGCCACUACCGAGAAGGCCCUCUGCCUGGUUCCCUGUAGCUUUGCUUCUCUCAGUGAGGGAACCGCCAGAAGGCCCUCGGCGCUGGACCUCAGUGUCCAGGCAGAACGAUGGGGGUGGAGACACUCCUUCUUCUAACCAUUACUGCAGAGGAUAUUGUUUGCCCAAAGGCUCCCUCGUUUCUUAACCAUAUGGUACAGGAAGGAGGAGAUGCACCAUACCAGCUGCUCUUUAGACUGGCCAGAGGUUUACACUGGGCUGCUUGCAUUCCUCCAGCCUCCAGCUCUUGAGUGGUGGUGGUCUUCAUUCUGGACUCGCUUUCAGGAGCUAGGAGGAAGAAUGACUCUGAAUAUAGCAGUUUGGGGGGAGCAACCAUGGGAGUGGGUACUUUCAGGAAGACCUGGCAGUGGGCUUCCUGAAUGCAUCUGUUGUUGGCCAGCGAGGGAGACAGGAUUCUGCUCUAGAUAUACUUAUGGCCUGAUCCAGCAUCUGGGCUCUUCUUCUGUUCUUCUGUUAGCUGCAGUGCAGAAAAGGGUCAAUUUACACUCCACACAAUGACCAGUAGACUUGUACCCAGUGUUGCUUGGAAAUUAUAAGAAAAAACAAACAAACCUCAGUGGUUAAAAUCAGUGCAAUUUUGAAGGGUUUGAUCUUCCAUCUUGCUUCAAGCUGGCACUCAUUUGUAUUCAAGCACAGAUGAAAACCUGUCCCUUGAUCUGAGGAACUACCAUGAUAAAUUCGGUUAUGAUAUCUUACGAAGUGUCCGAAUGCACAACAAACAGCUUUCCGCAAUAUAUAGUAGGUUAGUUUAGAAACCCCCGGAGCAAUUCACAAAUCAAAUUGUCAAACACAUAAGAGAAUGUAACAUAAAAAUCAUCUUCAACCUUGAAACAGCAAGUUGGAACAAUUCCAUAUAGACUGUUUUCCAGUUUUCCUCAGCCUAAUUGGCAAUAACCUCAAAGGCUGAGUGAAAAAUAUGUCCUCAAUAGCCACAAUAUGUCCACAAUAUUUGUGGUAAGUGAUGGAUCUCCAGAGGCAGAGAGUUUCACUACGAGGGGAAUGCAACAGAAAAGGCCUUUGACCGGCUCGCUGUUCCUUGGCCUUCACCUAGUGGUGGCAUCCCAAACAGACUCCCCUCCAAUGAAAAAGCUUCAACUGGCUCAUUCAUCUUACAGAUGUGGGAAGUGCAACCUCCUCCCAACAACUUAAAAGCAGCCUUCCCUGACCUAGUGCCCUCCAGAUGUUUUGAACCACAGCUGCUUCAGUCAGCAUGGCUGUAUGAUGAUGGGGAUGGUGGGAGAUGUCAUCCAAAACCUUUGGAGGACCCCAGGAUGGGGAAGGCUAUUAAAAGCAUCAUGCAAAGAAACUUCACCAGACUCUCUCUUUUCAUUCCAAUGCAGCCUUCUUGGGUUCCUUGACAUCGCAGUGGAGGUGAACCUCACGGCCAUUGUCCGCCUGACCAUGGAUGGCACAGGCUACCCCAAGCUGGUGAUCGACCAUUGUGACACCCUUCUUGGAGGCAUUAAAGUCAGGCUGCUUAGAGGGUGAGCUGCAUCCAUCUGACCAACCUGACGUCUUAUGGGGUUGGGGAUGGAGCGACUCCCAUUAUUUAUUCCAGGGAUGAGGUUGGUGGGCCAGAUCCUGAUUUCCCCUGAUGUCCCCUGGGUGGGUGUUAUCUACUGAGUUGAAGAGGAUCUAAAAUGCAGCAGUCUGAUUGGUCUUAGAAUAAUAGGCUUCAGAAUGCAGCAGUCUGAUUGGUCCCAGAACUACAAGAAAGAAGAUUCCACCUAAACAUUAGGAAGAGCUUCCUGACAGUAAGAGCUGUUCGACAGUGGAAUUUGCUGCCAAGGAGUGUGGUGGAGUCUCCUUCUUUGGAGGUCUUUAAGCAGAGGCUUGACAACCAUAUGUCAGGAGUGCUCUGAUGGUGUUUCCUGCUUGGCAGGGGGUUGGACCCGAUGGCCCUUGUGGUCUCUUCCAACUCUAUGAUUCUAGGAGACAGAAUGCAGCAGUCUGAUUGGUCCCAGAACAAUAGGAUUCAGAAUGCAGCAGUCUGAUUGGUCCCAGAACAAUAGGAGACAGAAUGCAGCAGUCUGAUUGGUCCUAGAACAAUAGGAUCCAAAAUGCAGCAGUCUGAUUGGUCCUAGAACAAUAGGACCCAGAAUGCAGCAGUCUGAUUGGUCCUAGAACAAUAGGACCCUGAAUGCAGCAGUCUGAUUGGUCCACAGGAGCCACCCAAUCCAGCUCCAGGUGGAAGUGAAUCCGCAACCUGAUUGGCCUACAGGAGAAUCCCGGAAUUAGCUAAUCACGUGGGGCCCAUUGUGUAAAUAAUGUAUAUAAAGCAGACAUUCUGGGGGAACUUCCAUUCCUCCUCACCAGUAUGAGCUGAAUAAAGAGCAUGAAAUCCGCUCUCGAUUCUGAGUAUAUUUCGGUCACUUUGACACAGCAGCUGAUGAAGCACCCCCCUUUGCAGACUGGCUUUAAACUCAAGCUGGUUUGCAAAGGAGAAAGUUCCCUUUGCCCAUGCUUAGGGGUAUUCGAGAAUUUCAGUAACACUCUUGCAGUUUUCAUGUCCAUCUAUGUUCAGGACUGAAAAUCAGUCAAGCAAAUUCGUUGGUUUUCAUUCACAUCUUGCUUGUUUUUAAGACUGCAGACAAUACUUAAUUACUUCUUUUUUACACUGUUUGGGUGGUUUUUUGGGGAUAAUUUUUUCCUUUCUUUCUCCCCCCCCCCCACCCCGCUCCAGCCUACUCCCUAUUGUGGAUAAUUUAUUGGCACGUGUCCUGAACAAGCUCCUUCCAGAACUGGUAAGUGAUCAGCCGGGGCAAGUAUCAUCCAAUGUGCAAUGGGAUCAGGCUCAGGAAAUGUAUUAGGAUAGAAAUACUUGUAGAAAUUCAGUGUAGUUCCUGGCUUGGGCACCAAACUCUGUCCUUGUGAGAGAAGUAUUUGAUGUCCGGAGAAAUGAGAUGAAUAAAGAGAAUUGUGAGAUGCACGUAUUAAAUUUUGGAAAAUGCAUAAAUAAAAAUAAUAAAAAAGAGAUAGUCUUUGACGAAACUUAAAAGGAGGAAGAAAAAAAUAACUGCGAGCACAAUUGCUUUGCAUGUAUUACCAUUUGAUUCCAGACAUUUUGCCACAAAUGUCUCAUUAGAACAUUGAAUUUUUCAGCUGUGUCCAGUCCUAGACAUCACACUGGGCUUAGUGAACGAUCAGCUGGGACUUGUGAACUGUAAGUGUCUCUUGUGGUUCCUUCUGUCUUCCCAUUCUUUCAUAUGGAUGAUCUCACUGCUCCUGCAACCUGGGGCGGGGUCCGACAGCCUUUUAUCUCUGUCGGGGUAACGGCGGUCCUGAUCCCCUGGCGACUCACCUCCCUGUCUCGCCCGAAGGCGAGCACUCCUCCUGCGAGUACUCAGGUCUCUCCUUCUCUCAGACCUGAGUCUCUGCAGCUGGGGAGACAUCGGCAGGUUACUAGACCCAGGGGCCACCUCAGCCUCCCCUGACCCAACCGGUAGUGGAGCAGCUGUAAGCGAUGGCCCAGCUGGAGGCAAGGAGGUAAUCCCUGCAUCUGGAGCCAGGGCAGGCUCAGGCCCCUGACUCGGCCCAGCUGGUGCUUGUUGCAGGAGAACCUGUGCAGACUGGGGCUCUUCAGAAUCAGGCCCCAGACUUGGUUCAGGUGAUGCCUGAGGCAAAGGAUCCGGCGCGGACUGAGACUCCUCUGGUUCCGAGUCUGAGCCCGAGUCCCAGGCCAUCACAUCCAGUGAAGGGGAGUCCAUGUCAGGGACCAGGCAGAGGAGGAACGGUGAAGACCUCCUCCCCAGCCUGACCCUUCCAGAGACAAAGAAGACAGUUCAGAAUUACAACGGGGGCUUGAGGGAGGUCACAGCUCAGAGGCAGAUGAGGGGAAAAGCUGGGAAAUAAUGGGAGAGGUGGAGGAAGAAGAAGAACCACCAGGAGGGCGACAGCUGAUGGAUACAGUGUCUUUAGAAAGCAUUCCAGACCACCACCAUCCCCGCUCCCAGAACCCGGCGAGCCUUGAAAGUAGGAGAGCAAAGGCUUAGAAGCAAAGGGCCCCCAGCACUACCCGUAGAGGAGAUGGUGAUGAAUAAGGAAUUGGGAGGAAAAUGGGGUGGAGAGUCACUCAGGACAACACCAUUAUUCCAAGAGGCUGUGUUCCAAGCCUCUCUCCGUAAAUAUUGAAUAAAAAGCAGAUGGUCAGAACUUUUCCUCGUCUUAUCCGUUCCUGGCAACCUGCUGUGGGGUUGUGUUCUCAGCUACCUAACAGCCCACCACCUUCCCAGGGGUGUCUAUUGCACUGUCAAACGGCUCUUGCCAUCAGAAUCACCUGAAGUUCUUCCUAAUGUUAAGUCAGAAUCCCCUGAUUAUGAGAAGCCUGGGGAAAUAUUGACAAUCCAAAGCAUGAGAAAUCCUAAAUUCUUCCUCCUUCCCUUUCUCUUUCCUCCCAGCUCUGGUCCCUCUGGGUAUAUUGGGAAGUGUCCAGUACACUGUCUCCAGCCUUCCACUCGUGACGGGACAUUUCCUGGAAAUUGAUUUGAAUGUAAGUCCCAGUUUGCUGAGAUGGAUCUUGAUGGUGGGGUGGCCCCUGCGUGGAUUGGCUCGGACUCCACAAAGUCACCUGUUUUGCUUGGCUGUGGGUCUUGGCCAACUUCCGCCAUGGGAGUGGACUUUGAGUCUGGCUUUCCUUGCUCUGCUUUUAUUGAACUCACUAGAGAGGAUAACAAUGGGAGAGGGAUGAGUCCUUUGUCCUAUUAGUUUCCUCUGUCACUGUUUGCAAAGCACAGUCAUACCUCAUGUUACGUUUGCUUCAGGUUGAGCAUUUUCAGGUUGCGUCCCAUGGUGGCCUGGAAGUAACGGAACGGGUUACUUCCUGGUUUUGCCGCUCACGCAUGCGCAGACGCGCAAAAUUAUGUCACGUGCAUGCGCAGAAGCGGCAAAUCGCAACCCGCGCAUGCGCAGAUGCAGGUUUCGUUCUGUUCAGGUUGUGAACGGGCCUCCAGAAUGGAUCCCGUUCGCAACCAGAGGUACCACUGUAUCAGGCAAUGGAUAGGAACGCCAGGGAACGUGGAUGCAUUGGGUGUCAUGAGCCAAAGACUAAGGCAGAGAGUCUCAAACUUUCAGUCUUGCUAAAUGAAAGCCACAACCCUGUCUCAGCUCUCAUGAAUCCCAGGGUAUGUUUCAGAGCCUUGAUCCUGGAGAAGCACAGAACAUGGAUGGUGGCUUAUGGGCAAGGUGCGGGCACCAGGUCCUUCUUCCUCAGAGUCUCAGAUAAAAUUUUGCAGUUGUUGUUUCAAGUGUCAGAAAAGAUUUGCAGAUGAUGCCCAGCUAUACUGGAUUAUGAAAACUCAGACUGUGAAGAGCAUCAAAAGGUUCUCUCCAAACAGGGCAAAAAAGUCAGAGGCAUGAAAAUUGGGUCUUAUUUGGGGAAGGGGAAAUCACAGCUCCUUGCUGAGGUAUGGGAGGGACUCGUGGACCAAGGGCCAGUUUGUCCAGGGCUCCAUCUGCACCCCCACUUAAUUCAUUUUGUGCCCUACUUCUUCCCUCAUUAUUUUGCAAGAACAAAAGACUUUCCUACUGCCAGGAUGGCAUUUUGAUUUCCCAUCUUUUCGCUAACUGGUAGUAAAGCGAAAAGCGAUCUUAAGAAUCUGCUGGUGAGGUCACACUGGUGGACAUGUCCUCCGCUAUCUCUGCUUGGUUGAGUUCCACCUCCCUUCUGCCUCCACCUCCUUUGUAGGACUCUAGUCCUCAUUGUCGCUUCUGGGAGCGACCCUGUUCAUUUCUGGUCGGUAGGCGGUUGUGGUGGCAGCUGCCUAGAGCCACAAAGUGUUGUGUUUUGUUCACCUUCCCCAAAGACACGCUAUUAGCUCUUUCAGAAAAAUCAGAUGUGUGUGAUAUCGAUGGCAUGCACAAGUUUUCCAGGUGAGCCAGUCUCUUAUGACAGAACGUUCCACCAGAUCGGGGCCACGGCCAAAAAGGCCCUGGUUCUGGUUGAGGCCAGUCUGAUCUCCCUGUGGCUCGGGACCUCCAAGAUGUUUUUGUUUGAAGACCGUAAGGUCCUCCGUGGGACAUACCAGGAGAGGCGGUCCCGUAGGUAUGAGGGUCCUAGGCCGUAUAGGGCUUUAAACAAGGAGGCGGGGAGUGUUGGGGAGGCCAUUCCUUCUUUCGCUUCCAAGUGUGUGUGUGUGAGAGAGAGAAGCUUUGUGUCUCUUUUUCCUUCCUUCCCUUCCUCCAAGGGGAGGGCAAAGCUUUCUUUCUCUCCCCUGGGGAUGGAGAGAUGGAAAGAGAUGGAGAGAGGGAAAUCUAAGCACAAAGGUGGAAGGGAAGGAAGGAAGUCAAUGGGAUUCACACAGUGCGAAGUUCCUCAAGGUCUGGGAACCCGAUGCCCUAAACCCAUCUGCCUAUUUCUGGGUGGAAAUCUUCUCUAUUCCUGUUUUGCAGCAUGCUUUUUGGGGGGGAGAAGUGAUAACAAAUGGUGCAUGUGUUUUGGUGUGUGUGUGUGUGUGUGUGUGUGUGUGUACAGGCACCGAUGAAGAAAGGAGGGGCAGGUCCAUAAGCAGACAGAGGGGUGGAGGGAAUGAAAACCAAGAUAAAUCCAUUGAAGCCCUAACUCCAGGUUUCAAAACUUUUGUUAUCUGUGCACAAAGCGGUCAGGUAUGAACCUGUGGAGGUCAGCAGAGGACAAAACGAAAGCAGAAAACGUGGAUGUUCAGGUGCGGUGAGGAUGAGCCCUAGGAAAGGGGUGUGAUAAGCAGUACUUUGCCUUGACUGGGUCAGCCUGAAGUAUUAGCACUUCAAGUCACAGAUCUCCUUCCAGGCUGGCUCUGGACAAAUUUGUGACACCUCGGCCGGUGGUUGCAUUGCCUGAGGACAGAGAAUGUCCCAGCCUGGGAUGCAGAAGGGGCAGCUGUUUAUUCCGUGCCACUGCAUGGCAUCUUUUGCCCUUUGGCAAAGGAUAAUGGGAUAAUGUCCCUCUUAAGUAAGAACAUAAGGAUAGCCUGUUGGAUCAGGCCCAUGGCCCAUCUAGUCCAGUGUCCUGUUCUCACAGCAGCCAAUCAGAUGCCCAUUAUGGGAAACUCACGAGGAGGACCCAAGGGCAAGAGCAAAUUUCUCCUCUCCUGUGGUCUCCAGCAAUUGAUGUUCAGAAGCAUCACUCUCUUCAACUGUUGUGGGCAGAGCAGAGCCAUUGUGGUUAGUAGCCAAUGACAGUGCAAGACUUCACUGGCAUCCCAAUAAAUUUAGCAGCUCAGGGCAAAAAGCCUGGGUUGACUGUGGAGAUGAGCCAGGCUGGGAAAUUUCACAUCCAGGCCUUCAAGCUGCCAGGAUUAUUAGACUAGUGUUUCCUGUUACCUUCCUUAAAAAGGUAAAGGGACCCCUGACCGUUAGGUCCAGUCGCGGACGACUCUGGGGUUGCGCCGCUCAUCUCGCUUUAUUGGCCGAGGGAGCCGGCGCACAGCUUCCGGGUCAUGUGGCCAGCAUGAUGAAGCCGCUUCUGGCGAACCAGAGCAGCGCACGGAAACGCCGUUUACCUUCCCGUCAGAGUGGUACCUAUUUAUCUACUUGCACUUUGAUGUGCUUUCAAACUGCUAGGUUGGCAGGAGCAGGGACCGAGCAACGGGAGCUCACCCUGUUGCGGGGAUUCGAACCGCCGACCUUCUGAUCGGCAAGCCCUAGGCUCUGUGGUUUAACCCACAGUGCCACCUGUGUCCCUGCCACCUUUCUUAGAUGACCUUGAAAACCGCCUCAAAGCUAGGAUUCCAUCCCAUCACGCACGCAGCAAAAUGGGACCGCCUGCCUCACAUCCUUGUUCCUUCCCUCUAGACUGCGGUUGGGCAGGUGGCCGGACCCCUCCUUAACUACCCGCUGGGCAAGCCGGAAGCUCCCCCCAUGCCGCAAAGGGUGCCAAUGCCCCCCAUGCCUCCCAUGGCCGACACAACCAACUCUCAGCUGGGGCUGUCGGUGAACUUCCUCAGCUCCGUCGUGGCUGUUCUGCAGAAGCAAGAGGCCCUGAACAUCGACAUCUCGGAUGGGAUGGUGAGUUGGGAAGCGGAUGCUGGGGGGGGGGGGCAUCUCUUGGCACCUCCCAGCCAGGCGGGAAGCUGAAGGCACAGGGGGUGAAAUCUACUCGGAGUCGAGAGUGGAUUUCCUGCUCUUCAUUCAGCUCAUAGUGGGGAGGAGGAAUGGAAGUUCCCCUGAAAUGUCUGCUUUAUAUACAUUAUUUACACAGUGGGCCCCACGUGAUUGGCUAAUUCUGGGAUUCUCCUGUAGGCCAAUCAGGUUGCGGAUUCAUUUCUACCUGGACUGGGUGGCUUCUGUGGACCAAUCAGACUGCUGCAUUCUGAAUCCUAUUGUUCUAGGACCAAUCAGACUGCUGCAUUCUGAAUCCUCUUGUUCUAGGACCAAUCAGACUGCUGCAUUCUGGACCCUACUGUUCUAGGACCAAUCAGACUGCUGCAUUCUGAAUCCUAUUGUUCUAGGACCAAUCAGACUGCUGCAUUCUGGAUCCUAUUGUUCUAGGACCAAUCAGACUGCUGCAUUCUGGAUCCUAUUGUUCUAGGACCAAUCAGACUGCUGCAUUCUGGAUCCUAUUGUUCUAGGACCAAUCAGACUGCUGCAUUCUGAACCCUAUUGUUCUAGGACCAAUCAGACUGCUGCAUUCUGAAUCCUAUUGUUCUAGGACCAAUCAGACUGCUGCAUUCUGGACCCUAUUGUUCUAGGACCAAUCAGACUGCUGCAUUUUGUAUCCUAUUCAACUCAGUACAUAACAGGGGGGAAUUCAGAAAACUAGACCCUUGUUUUCCAAAUUCGCCUGCCUCGUCCCAAGUGCCAAAUCUUUGCUUUUGGUUAUGUAGUUGCAAGGCAAGGCACUCUGCAGUGCAGAAACCCACUUCUCAUUUUAAUGUGAAGCUACUGAGUAUUCCCCAAAACAGUAUGUGAACGGAGCACACCAUUCCUUUGAAAUUCACCUUUGCUCUGAUUUUGGGAAGCACUUCUCCACCCAAAAAAUGCAGCAAGAGUGUAUCUUGUGUACUGGUUAGAGUGUCACACUAGUACCAGGGAGACCAGAGUUCAAAUCCUCGUUUGGCUGUGAAGCCCAAUUGGUGUAACCUUGAGCCAGUCACUGCCUCUCAGCCUAAUGUCCGUCACUGGGAAGUUGUGGGGCUUACAGGAGGUGGAGGAGAAUGUGGUUCUGCGGCAAGGACCCGGUAAAGAACCUCGCCGCGGCAUUCUGCACCCGCUGGAGUUUCUGGGUCAGCUUCAAGGGCAGCCCUGCGUAGAGUGAGUUACAAUAAUCAAGCCUGGAGGUGACCGUCACAUGGAUCACUGUCCAAGCCUCUUUGGAAGCCAUCCACCUUAGUCACCACCACUGCCUCCUGUGGCAGGGAGUUCCAUAGUUUAACGGUGCACUGCAUGAAGAAGUAAAAUAACUAGCAAAGAGCUGGGGAGUCUGCGUUAUCUUUUGCCCAUUUUCUUUCCCCCUUCCUUCUCCCCAGUUCCCUGAGCUUCCUCCUCUGACGACAUCGACUCUCGGGGCCUUGAUUCCUUCGGUGAGUCCACUCACUUGACGCUGUGCUGCCCGGAUCUGAGCUCUGCCCGGGCAGCCUGGUGCGCUUCAGCUUAGUUUUACCUGCACAGGUGAACUUUGGAAUCCAAGCAGCCUCCGGUGGGGAAAAGCUGCGCAAAGGGCGCUGCAAUAAUUCCAUUGGCACCCACUUAAAAACAACAAGAAGAUUCUCCAUUUCCUGGUUCCUGCAUAAAACAUAACUAACAACUGCAAGAACAAAAGGACUGUUUGCCACUCAGAGGUCAUUGCAAAAAUACCUGUACAGGUAUCAUAAAUUCAAAGAAAACCACCCAUUAGACCUUUAGCCCUGCAUAAAUUCUUUCACUUCAGUCUCAAUAUAUUUUAAGGGAUAUCUACAGCAGGCAUCCCCAACCCGGUGCCCUCCAGACACAGGUGGGCUAUAAACGCAACAAGCAAGUAACAAAGCGAACGUGGUUUGCAGGUGUUCCAGAUGUUCCCAGAGCCGCGCUCCCUCCUUCUGAAGGUGUCGGUCCCUGAUGUUCCGACAGUGAAGCUGCAGAAAGACAAGGGCCUGAUCCACCUCAUGGCCAGCGCUGAAAUACUGGCGUCGAAGCCAAAUGACGCUCAUCAAUCUCUCUGCACCCUGGAAAUUGUGAGUAUCGAGAAAUGACGGCAUCACACCUUCCCACUUUCACUCCCUCCCUCUGGAAUAGGCUUCCUUUUUUAAAAAAAAUAUUUUUUUAUUGCGUUUUACAAUACAAAUUUAAAUUCAAACAAUAAACAUCAUCAUCAUUUAGGAUUCCCUGAAUGCUUUGAUUCCCCUUCGCCCUUCCAUGGUUACCAUUUUCAAUCUUUUCCCAGUGCUUCCCUUAUUUUCCCUGUUUUUCUUGAAUAAUCUUCAUCAGUUAUUCGUCUCUGGUCAGGACUUUAGCUUCUUUCCAUCUCUGGGCCAGUCGUUGUUUUUCUUCCAAAUAAUAUUUAUUAAGUUUUCCAAUUUAAUAACCCAAUAAAAACCACAUUAAAACAUUCCAGUUUGGUUUGGUUUGGUUUGCACUUUCUACUUGCACUUUCAACGUGCUUUCGAACUGCUAGGUUGGCAGGAGCUGGGACCGAUUAAAGCACAAUAAAACAUCAAACAUUAGAAACUUCCCUAAACAGGGUUGCCUUCAGAUGUCUUCUAAAAGUCAGAAAGUUUACCUCCUUGACAUCUGCUGGGAGGGCGUUCCAACAGGGCGGGCGCCACCACCGAGAAGGCCCUCUGCCUGGUUCCUUGUAACCUCACAUCUCACGGGGUGGGAGCCGCCAGAAGGCCCUCGGCACUGGACCUCAGGCUGAACAAUGGGGUGGAGUUGCUCCUUCAGGUAUACUUGCUUGCCAUACAUGCUUGUCCCCAUGUGGUCCUUACAUCAGCUCCACCCCUAGGACCACAACGAACUUCUAAAAUAUUGUCCAAAUUUAUAUAGGGAUACACAUUCUGUGUUUCAGGCUCUGGCCGAGGAACUUAGUAGUGUUAGAAACACUAUAAUUAUGGCCAUUUGGCAAGUAUUUAUCUGACGCUGGCAGCGUGAUAUGGACAGAUUGAAGAUGCGAUGGAGCCACCACCGGUGUGGCCCUGCAAUGGGAAAGUCAAGACAGGGGGUGACUCUCGAGUCAUUGAGUCAUGGUUAGGGGACCCAGACUUUUCUAGGGCUUACGGGGAAUCAGGAAGGGCUUGGUUAAGAAACGAACCAUUUCCCCAUUUUUCACCGCAGGACACAACUUUGCUGGCCUCGUUUUCCGUUGAGGACAACAAACUGAAAAUCAGCGUUGCUCUUGAGAAGUAAGUGUGGCAUUUCUUAACUUAUGGGCACUUAUAUUUUAAGUGUUAUAAUGGGAUUGUUUUGUUACACAUUUUAAUUAUGGAAGUUUAUAUUUCAACAUUUGUGCAAUUGGUUUUUAAACUUGUAAACUGCUUAGAAGCCUAUUUUGUUUUUAAAUGGUUUUUAUUAAUAAAAAUAACACUUGAAGAUCUCUCUCCUCAUUCCUUCCCUGAGUUGUGCUUCCUCCCUUUAGAGGGGAUGUGGGAAAGGCCUUUUGCAUCUGAUCUCUAUUUCCCUCCCUGGAGUCAACUAAGGUUGCCUGAAUCCUCAAUGACUGCUCUCACUUUUUCUUCUUUUUCUGCAGGUCACAUCUCUCAGUGGCUUCCUCGUCCAUUGGGAAAUUUGAUGUAAGAAUAUGUUAUAUCUAUUUAUUUAUUCAGAACAUUUGUACCCCACUCUUCAGCCAAAAAAAGGCUCCCAGAGUGGCUUACGUACAAUCAAAGCAAGAUGGUCCCUACUCAGAGGCUUAAAAUCUAAAAAGCGUGAGAAAUGAACACGACACACAAGGAGAAAGGGACAAGGAGGGAAGAGGAGAAAUAAAAGCUCAGGCACCAAUUUCUAAGCUGUAGUUCCUGAUGGGGCUGACCUGUGACAGCAGAGCUGAUGGAGAGAACUCUGCUUCCCAGCUCUCCACUUAUUAUUUUAAAAUUCCUAAGCGGUGUGCAAAAUAUACAACAUGAAUAAAUAAAAUAGUAUCAUAAAAAUGGAAACACUACAUAAAAACAGUAUAACCAGUACAGUGGACAGGUUGUGAAUGUGAUCUGUGCGGGAGGCACGUUCACAACCCGCAGCAUUCGCAACCCGUCUGCGCACAUGCGGGCUGCAAUUCGGUGCUUCUGCGCAUGUGCAAAGUGCGAGUUAGUACUUCUGCGCAUGCGCAACCACCAAAACCAGGAAGUAACCUGCUCUGCUACUUCCGGGUUCCGGUGGGUCCGUAACCCGAAAAAAUGCAACCUGAAGCGUCUGUAACCCGAGGUAUGGCUGUAUAUAUAUUAUUUUAUUGAUGCUAUCGCUACAGGUUUCUCAUGCUCUUUGAUGAGAACAAUAAACUUAUCAACUGAACUGAAAAUCACUUCUUUUGUUGACGCAGGUCUCCCUCAUGGAGGGGCUGGUCAGCAAGAUCUUUGAUGUUGCGUUCCUUCCCGCUAUGAAUGGUAAGGACGUUCUACAAAACCAUGAUUUGACAUUCCAACAACUUUCUUUCGCGCUGCAUGAAAAUUCAGAGCGGAACUAAUUGCGUGCCAAGCCAUGGGCAGUUCAGUCUGUAGUCCUGGAGACAUCUUUUGCUCAGAGAGCUGAAAUGAGAUGGGAGUGCAGGGAUGUCGCAGGUAGCCUUGAUUUUGGAUCCCUGAAUAAAAAUUGCUUUGCUGCAGGGAUGGAGAAGAGCCACAGCUCAGGGAAAUUAAAUAAAUAGAGAGGUGAUUGGUUGCAAAAUAAAAAAUAAAAAUGAUGGGAAAAUGUAGAUUGUUUCAUAGAAGAAGAUCGGACGUGAAAGGGUCCAGUUUAGCAGCAGGUGUAAUAGCAAUCUGGACAGUAUUUUGACAGAAAACAGCAAGGAUCAUUCAUAAAUGUGCAAAGGUCUUCCACUCCCAAGUGGAACACUUAUUCCAAGAAACGUUGACAGUCUUAUCAUUUUUUAUAAAUAGGAUAAGGUUACCAGAUGUCCCUGUUUCCUGGGGACAGUCCCCAGAUUAACAAAUCAGUCCCCAUACAAAAUCCUAUCAUUCCUGCUGAAGCUGAAAAGUGUCCCCGGAUUCAUUGAAAAGAAUCUGGUAACCUUAAAAUAGGGGCAGGUGUGAACCAGAAAGAAUGCAAAAUAGAGAAAUUUGUUCUUGGAAGGCCCAGCUCAUAUUUGCUACAGCUCAGUACAUUUUGGAGACUCUGGUUUCCUGGUUUCAGGAGAAAUCUGAAACUCCCAAUUUCUGUAGAAGCCGCUUGCACAAAUCUUGCUGCUCAUCUGACACCAGGGACAGGUAGCCAGAUUCCUACAACCUGCUUUAGGGAUCCCACAGAAUUUGAAAGCUUUAGAUCACUCCUGGAAAAGAAGGCUCUCCCAUCCCGAAAGGUGCUGACCUAUUGGUCUUCCCAUAUCUUGUUACGUUUCCCUUUUGUGGGAUGUGAAACACAAGAGCAGUCAAGUACAACAUUCCUAGAGUGAACAUGUUUACACAAGGGGAGGAAUGUUUGUCCAGCCAGCAGGUAAACUUCCUGUUUCCUUCUGGGCUGGGACAGACUUCCUCUGCAUGUGACUAGAGGUGGGCGUGGCCUCACCUGUGCAGGUAACGACAAAAGCACAGGGCAGGGCAGCCAUCUCUCUCCCUUUGACUACAUGCAUCGAAGAAGCAACAUCUGCUUAGCCAAAGAUGCAGAGGGACUUUCUCCUUAUGAGAUAGUUUCCAGGUGUAUGUUACUUUUCUAAGCUAAGUCUGCCUUCUGGGAUCCUAUUGUGAACAGAAUGAUGUGUGAGUAAACCUUUUUAUACUUUUAUAGAAGACUGGGUUGUGUCUUAUCUUUUAUGAGGGAAUAAGGGGAAAAUACAAGAACAGUUAUUAUAGAGGCUUUAGCGAGCCUGAGCAAACCCAUCCGCUGCAAGUUUAAAAAGAGGAAUGUUGCUCUGCUAAAUUGUGAACUUGUUUACACAAGUUGGAAAAGCUAUAAUCAAACAAUAUAUCCUCUCCUGCAUCCCUGAACAUUCCCACACCUUUGGGAUCCCUCGUUCCAUCUCUCCCGGAGGGAAUAAUCAAAUCUGCCUCUUUCUGCAGGUGAUAUUUUGUGGCAGAUAUCAGAACAAAACAAUAUUUAUCAAAAAAAGAUCUAUACUGCCAACAUUGUGGGGAAAUACCAUGGAUGCAAACAGCAGAAAAUCAGCAGUAAAAUUGCAUUUGUGAAGCAUGUACAAAAUAAAUAAGAUGAGACAACCUCAUCACAUACAGUUUCCCCUUCGUACUAGAAAACUAAUAUUUUUUCUCCUUUCUGGCUGCAGGUGUGUUAGGUAAUGGAGUUCCUCUCCCCAAGUUGCUGAAUAUAGACUUUGACAACGCUGACAUUGAUGUCAUUGAAGUAAGUGCACCAACUCUGAAAAUUCCUGGCGGUAUUCUGUCACACCUUAAUUGUCACGACAGGCUUAAGCUCAUUCCCAAAGAAGCAUUUGACGCCUGAAGACUUUUAAAUUGACUUACUAGCAGAAAGUGCCUGGAGUUCUUUGAGAAUUCUUAGAAACCAAAAAGUACAGUUUGGAAAUCAGUGGUUAAAAUCAGUGUGGUUCUGAAAGUCCACCAUCUUGCUUCAAAAUGGCACCCAAUCGUAUCAAGACAUGGAGAAAAUCCAACUCCUUGAUCUCAGGAACCGUCACGCAAAUUUGGGUUAUGGUUUCUUAAAUUUGGUUAAAUUUGGCGUUUUGAAAGUUUCAGCCCACCAUCUUGAUUCAAAAUGGCAUCCAGUUAUAUCCAAACACAGACAAAAAUUUGUCCCUUGAUGUCAGGAACCGUCAUGCAGAAUUUGGUCACAAUAUCUUGAAAUAUUGCUUUAUCCUGGAUUAGAUCGGCCUUUGGUCUGGUCCAGAGUCUGGGCUCUUUUUGUGUUCUUAUGGGAAGAAGUUUUUGAUGUGUGACACUUUAAUGUAUUUUUAAUCUUUGUUGGGAGUCGCCCAGAGUGACUGGGGAAACCCAGCCAGAUGGGCGGGGUACAAAUAAUAAAUUAUUAUUAUUAUAUUAAUUUUAUGAGUCCACUAAUGAUGAUAUUGGACCAGAGCUGAGGGGGUCCCAGAAAUGAGAACUGAAGCUCUUGGUUUCGCCCUUUUUUGCAGGAUCUGCUUGUGUUGUCUGCGUGAGUCGAAGAGGAGACCAGAAGGUACUCAGUGGAGCGCAAGGGCAGUCGCAGAAAAGGCCAGCUAGUUCCAGACCAAUUUGCCCCACAACAUCAUCUUUCAAACUGUACAAUGCAUUUGAAUCAGGCCGGGCUCCUUCCGGGAAAACACAGACUGGGUUUUGAGUGCAGAAGGAUUCCAGCAAGACCCUGUCACUCACAAGAUCGUGGCAUUUCCUCCUUUCCCUUCAGCUCUGCCGUUUCCGAGAGGGUGCACACACAUAAACACACAAACUGCAUUUCCUGCAUUGUUUUAAUAAAACGUUUCUCCUUUCCACUGCAUUUGGAGUGACCUUGAGUCUCUUUAGAGUCAUUGCAAAAACAACAACAACAACAACAAAUUUUAUUUAUACCCCGCCCUCCCCAGCCAAGACCGGGCUCAGGGCAGCUAACACCAAAUAUAAAACAAAUUGAUUGAAAUACAACUUAAAAACAAGAUUACAAUACAACAUUAAAACAUUAAAAUGCAGCCUCAUUUCAGCAGAAACUCAAAAACUUUUGGGGGAUGAAAACGUCAAGUCUUCACCAAGGCCAACUAUCCAGACUGGUCCUACGUGGGCCAGAAAAAAGGCAGGGAAGUCCCCAAACAGGAGUUCCAUCACAGAAGGAGAAAGGAAAGAGGGGAAGGGGAUCAAGUUGAUUCCAAGCCAAAGGCCAGGCGGAACAACAACCAAGCAAACAUCUGGCAGCGAUGAAAUGAGGGCAAAUGGAUUGUCACUGGGAGGGCCUGUUGAUAGCAAAGAGAAGGAUCUGUGCCAAUGAGGCAGCUCUUUUGUUUUUCUAAAACUUGCUUCUUUUAGUGAUAGAAUCAUAGACUAGAGUUGGAAGGGACCCAAGGGUCAUCUAGUCCAACCCCCUGCCCUGCCAUGACUAGAUGGGCCAUUGACCUGAUCCAACAGGCUCUUUUUACCUUCUGUAGCACAGUGGCAGAGCCCCUCCUUUGCGUGCAGAUGGUUCCAAAUUUAGUCCCCUGCAUCUCUGGUUAGAAAGAUCAGACAGCGCGUGAUGAUGGGGGAAAUUGUUGUUGUUGUUGUUGUUGUUGUUGUUGUUGUUAUUAUAUCUUUCCCUCUGUCUACAACCCUGGAGAGCCAUGACAAGUCAGAGUCAUGAUAAUGAUAAUAAUAAUAAUAAUAAUAAAUUUUUAUUUAUACCCUGCCCUUCCCGGUACAAAAACUGGGCUCAGGGCGGCUAACAACAAACUUAAAACACUUAAUUAUAAAAGCAGCAUAAAAUACAGUAUAAAAACAUGAAUAACAGUAAAAUAAAAAAAUAAAAAAUCGAUUAGAUAAUCCCCAGGGCUAGCUGGCUGAAUUGGUCUUCCUUGGGCCAGCAAGGAGACCAGGGGAGAAUUAGCUGUGGGGUCUCAGAGCGGGUGAUCUUCAUAAAAGGGGAAGGGGAGGGAAGAGAAGAGAAGGGAAAUAAAAGAUCAGGCUAAGUUCAAAUUGAAAGCCAGGCGGAAUAGCUCUGUCUUACAGGCCCGACGGAAGGAGGUUAAAUCCUGCAGGGCCCUGGUCUCAUGGGACAGAGCAUUCCACCAGGUCGGAGCCACCACUGAAAAGGCCCUGGCCCUGGUGGAGGAUAGUCUGACUUCCUUAGGGCCCGGGACCUCUAAACUGUGAUUAUUCAUGGACCUUAAGGUCCUCUGUGGGGCAGACCAGGAGAGUCGGUCCCGUAAAUACGAGGGCCCUGAGCUAGAGGGGCAAAUGGUCAGGGAUAAAGCAUCUUCCCACAUUCCUUUGUCACCACCUCCCUCUCGCAUCUGGCUCAGGUGCCGGAUGCCAGAUAGACAAACCAGUGAGAAAGGAGGAAGGGGCACCAGCAGUCUCAGCUGAGCCCAUCGGUGUUCAGAAGCAUACAAGGAUGUUUUAGGUCCCUCCUUGCAAGCCACUGCCUGGAUAGGCUGCGAGAUUAGAUCAUCAUCAUCAUCACCAUUUUUAAUUUGUAUACCGCCUUUCUAUCUUACAAUACUCAAGGCAGUUAACAAGCUGAAGAAACAAAAAAUGUACAUCUUAUAACAAUCAAAUGCAAUACAAAAAUGUGAUAAUAAAACAUAACUUUAAAAUAGGCAACCUCCAUCAAAAAAAUAACAUUCAACAAUUGUUAGAAUAGUAUUAAAUAAUAAUAACAUAUAAAAGUUAAACAGAAAUCUCCUCAACAGUUACAAUAAAUAAUUUCUAAACUAUGAGGGAUGCGGGUGGCGCUGUGGUUAGAGGGAUGUGGGUAGGCUUGCCGAUCAGAAGGUCGGUGGUUCGAAUCCCCACGACAGGGUGAGCGCCCGUUGCUCGGUCCCUGCUCCUGCCAACCUAGCAGUUCAAAAGCAUGUCAAAGUGCAAGAAGAUAAAUAGGUACCGCUCCGGCAGGAAGGUAGACGGCGGUUCCGUGCGCUGCUCUGGUUCGCCAGAAGCGGCUUAGUCAUGCUGGCCACAUGACCUGGAAGCUGUACGCCAGCUCCCUCGGCCAAUAAAGUGAAAUGAGCGCCGCAACCCCAGAGUCGGCCACGACUGGACCUAAUGGUCAGGGGUCCCUUUAUCUUUACCUUUUUACAUCAAAAAGUAACAUUCAACAAUCAUUAGAAUAGUAUUAAAUAAUAAUAACAUAUACAAGUUAAACAGAAGUCCAUUCAACAGUUACAAUAAAUAAUUUCUAAACUAUAAUCAGUAAGGCUGAUCGCCAAAGAAUUGAUGCUUUUGAAUUCUGGCGCUGGAGGAGACUCUUGAGAGUCCCAUGGACUGCAAGAAGAUCAAACCUCUCCAUUCUUAAGGAAAUCAGCCCUGAGUGCUCUCUGGAAGGACAGAUCCUGAAGCCGAGGCUCCAAUACUUUGGCCACCUCAUGAGAAGAGAAGACUCCCUGGAAAAGACCCUGAUGUGGGGAAAGAUGGAGGGCACAAGGAGAAGGGGACGACAGAGGACGAGAUGGUUGGACAGUGUUCUCAAAGCUGCUAACAUGAGUCUGACCAAACUGCGGGAGGCAAUGGAAGACAGGAGUGCCUGGCGUGCUCUGGUCCAGGGGGUCAUGAAGAGGCGGACACGACUAAACGACUAAACAACAACAACAUCCCAGACUCCUUCGCUCUGCCUUUGCUGUUUUUCACUUGUGGUGGGGAAAACAUUGGGUGGGGGGCAUACUGUCCCCCUUAUCUUUCCACAUAGGGGUGUGAGAGAGACAGCGGAAGACAGUGGGAGACAGUGGGUGCCUGGCGUGCUCUGGUCCAGGGGGUCACGAAGAGUCAGACACGACUAAACGACUAAACAACAACAACAAUAAUCAGUAAAACAACUGCAAGCCACAGUACAUAAAAUAAUAUAAUACAAAUUGAGAAGCAGAGACUAGAGGGUGGAGCAAGGCAGGUGGAAGGAGGCCUUCUCGGAUGGAGUCUCUCCCCUUCCUGCCGCCUUUGUCUUCCUUGCGAUGGGCUGCAACUCCCACCUGCCCCAACACGAGCACGUCGGGAUCGAGUUUGGCUUGGCAGGCUCUGGCACAGGAGGGGGGAACACGGGGGCAGGAAUGGUGGGAACUUGAGUCCUAGCUCCUGCCCCAAAUCACAAAAUCAGAGGCUCUCACGUGUGAGUAAGAAGGAUCUUUAUUCAGGCAAGUAAUUUUACAGGUUAUGGGACACCUAGAGAGCACCAGGUUGCGAAGACUGGCUGAGAUUGAGACUGGAUUUUUUCUUUUAUUUUGAAGAGUCGGAUAUAUUUCAAAAAUGGGCACCCUGACCCGUAGAUAGUUUUUCAGCUUCUCUCUGUAGCCUUGGGCUUACUUGUAUGAUGACCAACCAUGAGGACCAUCUCCCUGAGCUUCUCACUCUUUGGCCAAUAGGAGAAAAACAGACUGAAGAGACGUAUCACACAAAACUGGCAUUCCCACUACCAGCCACAAGAGGGCAGUCCCACCCUCUAAUAAUUCCCUCUGCCAUGCUGAGUGGUUUAAAAAUAAAAUAAAAAUCUGUGCGUUAAAUUUGAGGUUUUUAAAGGCAAAUAUUUGAAAUGAUGCUUGUGCCUUCUGGGAACUGUGAUAAGAGCGCCAUAUUUAAUAGGUUAAAUUAAUUUAAUUGUCAGCUGGUGCAAAGUUGGGUUAUGACUCUAUUAAGCUGGCUAGUUUGCUUAAGGUUACAAUUAAUUCAGGCAAAAGCUUUGACUCUGUUUAAAGGUCUGGUGUGUGGAGGGGAAGCAAACAGAGGGAAAGUCCAGUGGAUCUUAUUACAGGAAGCGGUGGACGUGAAAAAGGCAAAUUCCAUGCUAGGGAUCGUCAGGAAAUAGACUGAAAAUAAAAGUGCCAAUAGCAUAAUGCGGUUGUACAAAUUGAUGGUCCAACCACAUUUGGAGAACUGUGUUGAGUUCUGGUAACCUCACCUCAAGAAGGACAUUGCAGAGUUGGAAAAGGUUCAGAUAAGGGCCACCAAAAUGAGGUGGAGGUGGAGUGAGACCCCCUAUGGAGAAAGGGGGCUUCGUUUGGGAUUUUUUUAGUUUGGAGAAAAUGCGAGUCAAAGGCGACAGGAUAGAAGUUUAUAAAACUGUACACUUCAUGGAGAAAGUGCAAAGAGAAAAGUUUCCCUCUCUCUCUCUCAUAGCACUAAAACUUGUGGACACCCAGCAAAGUCGAAUGUCAGAAAGUUAAGACAGAUAAAGGAAAGUAGUUCUUUGCACAAUGCUUCAAACUAUGGAACUCACAGCUGCAGGAGCCAGAAAUGUUUAGGGAAGCUUUUGAUGUUUAAUAGGUUAUUGUAUUUUAGUGUUCUGUUGGAAGCCACCCAGAGUGGCUGGGGAAACCCAGCCAGAUGGGAGGGGUUUAAAUCAAUUAUUAUUAUUAUUAUUAUUAUUAUUAUUAUUAUUAUUAUUAUUAAAUGGCCACCAACCUGGAUGGAAGUACUUUUUCACGCAGCGCAUAGUUGAACUAUGGAACUCACUGCCACAGGAGGGAUUAUUGGUUGCCACAAACCUUUAAAACCUUUAAACGGGGGUGAGACAGACUCAUGGCGGAGGAGAGGGCUAUUGAUGGCUGCUCACCAGGAUGAUUCUCCUCUGUCUCCACAGCUGGAGGCAGAAAUGCUUCUGAAUCCCAGUUUCUGGAAGCCACAGGAAGGGAGAGGACUCUUGUGCUCAGACCCUGCUUCCAGGUUUCCCAUUGAGGCAUCUGGCUGCCCACAUCAUGGAUCAGAGAAGCCAUUCCUGACUUCUGUUUUGAAUUCCAGGUGCCCCUUUCUUGGUCUGGUGCAAAUCCUCUUGUCAGAGUGCUGGACCAAAAGACUCUCACUCUGCAGGUAGCACACUCCCAAGGUAGAGCAUUUCAUAGCGAAUACUAUCUGCUAAGCAAAUCAGUCUCUUAAGCUUAAGCUAAGAAAUAGUAUUCUCUAUGAAACUGAAUACCAAUAUACAUAUCAAGGCUUUGAGAUUAGACCACUGAAGAAGCCCGGAAAACUACCGUAUUUUUCGCUCCAUAAGACACACUUUUCACCUCCUAAAAAGUAAGGGGAAAUGUGUGUGCGUCUUAUGGAGCGAAUGCAGGUGGGCGGCUCUGCUCAGCGCUCCCUUUAAAGAGCUGCGGGGAGUGUGUGUACGGCUCUUGGGGGCUUUUCCCUUCAUCCCCCUGCCCAGGAGAGGCUUCGCACGGCUAUCCCAGAAGCCAGAACAGCAAGAGGCUAUCCCAGAAGCCAGAUCCCUCCUGCUGUUCUGGCUUCUGGGAUUCAGAAUAUUUUUUUUCUUGUUUUCCUCCUCCAAGAACUAGGUGCAUCUUAUGGUCUGGUGCGUCUUAUAGAGCGAAAAAUACAGUGCCUUGGGAGUGUGCUACCUGCAAGCCCCAUUGGGGGCAAACAGCAGCCUUACUUGGACUGCCAGGGCGAAACUGGUGCAAAACGCCAGCGCCCUGUCUACAACUUCAUCAACAUCCAUCUACAACUUCACUAGCAUCUCUCAGUAUUGUGAACAACACCGAACUUACCUUUUGUUGGUAAGUUGGUUCCUGAACUUACCUAAAAAGAUAAAGAAAACAAAAGACUGAGUUAAACACUUGAAAAAUCCAUUGAAAUCAGACAUUAUAAGUUUAUCGUAGGUUGGGUAGUUUGCAAGCCUCUGUGGCUUUGCAUAAGUUUGUGUAUUUUUCUCAGAAGAUUGAUAAAGAAUGCAUAAUCAUUUCGGUAAUUAUCGUGUCUAUCUUUAAGGAGUUGGCAGCCAACUUUAUUACUUAUUUCAGGUUCCCAGGAAUUACACUUCAGAUUCAGUAUGAAAGCCUUUUUGGCAAUCUCAGAGUCGCUCUUCUCUCUCAAGUUGCAUCACUGAGAUUAAUAGGAGGACGUAAGAUUGCAAACGCCGGGCAAAUAUUGUUUGUAACGUUCCAAGAAAGCAGAAAGGGCAAAUGAUCAGGAAAUAGCCCUAAAAUGAGGCUCUCUUCAGUUUUGUCCCUCCAGAAGAAGAAAAAAGACUUUCUAGUCCCUCUGGUACUUGAGAGACCACUUGAGGAAGGUGAAGUUGUGCUUUUAGGUGAGCCCAGGAUCAUGUCUGUUUUAUUUGGCUGUACAUCAUGUUCUCUUUCUCUCUGUCAUAGCAUCCGAGUGUCUUCCCAGGACUCAGGAAAUUCCUGCUUUGGGCUUUUGUUUUUGACUCCAUGAUCUUCCUCUAGACUACAGCAUGGGUAGGCAAACUAAGGCCCGGGGGCCAGAUCCGGCCCAAUCACCUUCUAAAUCUGGCCCAAGGAUGGUCCGGGAAUCAGUGUGUUUUUACAUGAGUAGAAUGUGUGCUUUUAUUUAAAAUGCAUCUCUGCGUUAUUUGUGGGGGAUAGGAAUUCGUUCAUUUUGGGUUUUUCCAAAAUAUACUCCGGCCCCCCACAAGGUCUGCGGGACAGUGGAAAAAGUUUGCUGACCCCUGAUUUAGAGGUUGCAGCCGAUUCCCAUCAUUCUUUUGUGUUCUGGCAUGGUCCAGAAGCAGAGAGAGGAAGACCCCCUGGGAUCACAGGAAACUGGGGGGGGGGGGGGGUUCUUGGCACUGGCAAAAACACACUGGGAGCAAUUUUGCCCCUGCUCUAGAUCCCAGAAAAGAUCACUCGCCACCCCGCCCCAUAAGCAGAUGCUACUUGCCUUUAAAAAUAAAACGACACAUUGAAUGCAAAGAUGUUGUUCCUGCAUUGAGCUGCGAUUCCUACAUUUCAGAGGGCUGGACCAGAGUCUUUUCAAGGGAGUCUUCUCUUCUCAUGAGGUGGCCAAAGUCUUGGAGCCUCAGCUUCAGGAUCUGUCCUUCCAGUGAGCACUCAGGGCUGAUUUCCUUCAGAAUGGAGAGGUUUGAUCUUCUUGCAGUCCAUGGGACUCUCAAGAGUCUCCUCCAGCACCAUAAUUCAAAAGCAUCCAUUCUUCGGCGAGCAGCCUUCUUUAUAGUCCAGUUCUCACUUCCAUACAUCACUACUACUGAGAAAACCAUGGCUUUAACUAUACGGACCUUUGUUUGCAGUGAUGUCUCUGCUUUUUAAGAUGCUGUCUAGGUUUGUCAUUGCUCUUCUCCCAAGAAGCAGGCAUCUUUUAAUUUCAUGACUGCUGUCACCAUCUGCAGUGAUCAUGGAGCCCAAGAAAGUAAAAUCUCUCACUGCCUCCAUUUCUUCCCCUUCUAUUUUCCAGGAGGUGAUGGGACCAGUGGCCAUGAUCUCCGCUUUUUUGAUGUUGAGCUUCAGACCAUAUUUUGCGCUCUCCUCUUUCACCCUCAUUAUUUAAUUCUUCCUCACUUUCUGCCAUCAAGGCUGUGUCAUCUGCAUAUCUGAGGUUGUGACUAAACGACUAAACAACAACAACAACAACAAAGUUAUGUAAGAUCUCCAGGAAGCAGAAGUCCAGGUGCUGAAGGAGGCAUCCCAGAGCGGUUUCAAGUGCCUCCUGUUUGCUUCUGAGUGUCGAAAUCCAUCCUUUGUGCAGGGCCUUGAUACCAUCUCUGAGUGCUGCCAAUCCAGAACCCUCUUUUUCCCCUUAUACCAGCCCUGGGCUUGGCUAUAUAAGGGCUCUUGUGGCAGAGCAGCAGCAGCAGCAGCAGAUAAGGCAGCCCCGGAGACCUGUUUGCAAAUGUCAAGGCGUCCCAGGUAAGAGACACAAAACUCCUAACGCUUUUGCAGCAGCGUUUUCCGCUUCUCCCCCAAGCAAGACACAGCAGGGUUGGGUUGGCUUGUUCUGUUUCCAAAGAGCAGCUGGGGGGGGGGGGUGCAGUUUGCGUAGGAAUGCCUAAAGGGGAUCAGUUUUGCCUGUGAAAUUGCCUCACCCCAAAUGUGCCCACUCAACCCCUUCGAUUGACAGAAUUGGCACUGCUGCAUAACCCCCAUUCUGCAUUGGUAAGAACUCAGUUGUGGUGUGUCUACACUUUGGAACUCCCUGCCACAUGAGGUGAAGAAAAAGCCUUCACGGUAUUCUUUGUGGCGCCUGCUAAAAACAGUCUUGCUUAGACAAGCCUGUCCAGCUUUUAAUAUUCUAACUUCUUGUAGGUUUUAAUCAUAAAAAUAAUAUUUUUUAUAUUUAUUUUUUAAAGUACUGCUGUAUUUUUUUAAAUUGUUUUAUAUUUUUGUAAACGGCUUUGAGGUUGUUGUUUUUACAGUCGAAUGGUGUACAGAGGUUUGGAAAUGUACUUUCAAUUCGCUCCUGGAGAUCAAAUUGGCAAAAACAGCAAUUGUCCCAAGCCAUUGGAGUAACGGCGGAUAUGAAAUAAAAUCAAUAGUAGUAAAAAAAGAAGAAGAUAGGGAUGAUUCCAAGCAGAGGGGAGAUUAAAAGGUGAUUGUUGACAUGAUGGUGGCUUUUUCGAAAAGGAAGGUCAAUUUUCAGCGCUUCAACCUGGGAGACCUGAGUUCAAAUCCUCUGCUCGGCUAUGAAGAUCACCGGGUGAUUUUGGGGGGCGCGUCCCUGCCUCUCUCAGCCUAACAUGCCUCACAGGGCUGUUGUUGUGGGGGUUAAGUAAGGAAGGGGGAAACCAGGGGUGUCACCUCGAUCCCUGGGUGGGGGGAAGGUGGGAUUCUGCAAUGUGGCAUCUCUACGGAAACCAACAAAGGUUCCUUUCAUCCCACAUAACAAGGAAGUGCCCUUUGGAAUGUCUAAUAUUUUGGAAAGCUCAGUUUGCGUGUGAAUGAACACUCCACACCCAAAGGACUCUCUCUCUCUUUUUCUUUUUGCUGGUAAGAUUUUUUAAUUGAAAUUUCCUGACAGUACAAUAAAAUUGCAACUACGAAAGAUGCAAAACAAAGAAAAGAAACAGGAAAAGAAAGGGACAACAGGGAUAAAAAGAGGAAUGAGAAAAACAAAGAAAGCAAAAGAAGAGAAACAUGAGCAAAAAUUUGAAGAGAGGAACUUCCAAUUUCCCACCUGCCAUUUAUAUAAAAGACGGAGAUAAGAUAAUUUAGAACCGUUGGUCAAUGCGAGCAUCCAGCGACUCCACUUUCUGUCAAACCAUCUUUCCUCCAAGUUAAGGUGCCUCAGUUUCAUUUCCUUUUCUCACAGAAAGUCCAAGAUGGGUCCACUGAUGGUUAAUAUUAUUAAUAAACCUUAACCACGUUCUUUCUUUUAAUUUUACUUCUGUUAAUUCCCACCACCAUGACUCCAAAUGGAAUAACGCUAGAUUUUUUCCCAUCCAUGCUUGUAUUAAAGUCUCUCCACUGUGAUCGCUAUCCAUUCCCUUCUCCAGGAAACUAAGGGGCUGGAGCAGCCGGUUCCUGUAUUGCAGGGGGUUGGAAUGGAUGACCUUUAGGGUCCCUCCCCAUUCUGCAGUUCUGUGAACCUGUGAAUUCACGAGUCCUUUUCCCAUUUUCCUUUUCCUUCUGAUAUUGCAUCACUCCCAGAGGCCGCUGAUCAUGAGGGGUCAUCAUGGAGAUCUCCCCUUCCCCCUUUUGCUCCUUUAGAAAAAAGGGAAAUGUCCCCCCUUGCAUACCUUGGGGUUCACUCUUUUGUGCCAGCCCUUCGUUCUUCCUUCUUCUUUCUCUGUGGCUCAGGCUUGCCUCCAUCCUUUUCGGCACUCAACCACUUGACUUCACUGUUAGCGAGAAUAAAGUCACACCUGUUUGUCCCAAAGACCCAUCCCACUGGUGGAAACUGAGCAGAAAGAUGAUAAUCAGUCAGUCUAAAUGAGCAUCUUAAAAAGCAGAGACAUCACCUUGCCAACAAAGGUCCUUAUAGUGAAAGCCAUGGUUUUCCCAGUAGUGAUGUACGGAAGUGAGAGCUGGACCAUAAAGAAGGCUGAUCGCUGAAGAAUGGAUGCUUUUGAAUUAUGGUGCUGGAGGAGACUCUUGAGAGUCCCAUGGACUGCAAGAAGAUCAAACCUCUCCAUUCUGAAGGAAAUCAGCCCUGAGUGCUCACUGGAAGGACAGAUCCUGAAGCUGAGGCUCCAAGACUUCAUGAGAAGAGAAGAUUCCAUGGAAAAGACCCUGAUGUUGGGGAAGAUGGAGGGCACAAGGAGAAGGGGAUGACAGAGGACGAGAUGGUGGGACAGUGUUCUCGAAGCUACCAGCAUGAGUUUGACCAAACUGGGGGAGGCAGUGGAAGACAGGCGUGCCUGGCGUGCUCUGGUCCAGGGGGUCACAAAAAGUCGGACAUGACUAAACGACUAAAAACAAAAAUGAGCACAGUAACCUUUCUGUGUCAUCUCAGAAGCCUGGCUCCGCAAGGAGACCAUGCACUCACUUGUCCAUAGCUAUUAUGGAGGUAGGUUUGGGGUUUUUUCCUUUUAAGCCCUGCAUUUAACAAGCGGCACGUUUAAUUGAGCAGGAAAUAGCAGCGCUUAUUUUUAUACCGAAUAACUUCAUGUUUUCUGCCCCAAAGGCAGGCUUCAAAGAUUUCAAAGGAGCCAAUUUUGUCACACGGCAUGUCUGCAAAAGAGAUGCCAGCAAACCCCUUUGAUUUUAUCCUGCUCUGAAGGCUGCUGCCCGAAUCCUGGCCUUCCUCUCUCUUUCAAUAGUCAUGGCAAUGAGUCCACACACGUGCGCUGAUCAAAGGCAGAACGCGAGAGACAUUCUAGCAAGUCAGAAUCUCAGUUAAUGAUGCCAGGAACUCCUAGGAAGGAGGGUCACCUUCAACAAUAAUGAAGUUAUGUGGUACAGACCAAACUCUGCUGUUCGGCAGCGAGGAAAUUAUCAGACUUGCCUCUCCUUGUUCUUCAGAAUGAAAAUACAGUGGUACCUCAGGUUGAGUGUGCUUCGGGUUGAGCGCGUUCGAGUUGCGCUCCAUGGCAACCCGGAAGUAACUGAACGCAUUACUUCCGGGUUUCGCCACUUGCGCACGCGCAGACGCUCAGAAUGACGUCACGCGCAUGCUCAGAAUUAGUGAAAAGUGACGCGCGUGUGCGCAGACGUGCUGUCACUAGUUACGUUUGCUUCUAGAUGCGAACAGGGCUCCAGAACGGUUCCCGUUCGUAUCUAGAGGUACCACUGUACAGUGGCACCUCGGGUUAAGAACUUAAUUCAUUCUGGAGGUCCGUUCUUAAUCUGAAACUGUUCUUAACCUGAAGCACCACUUUAGCUAAUGGGGCCUCCUGCGGCUGUGGUGCUGCCAGAGCACGAUUUCUGUUCUCAUCCUGAAGCAAAGUUCUUAACUUUGCUCCAUCUGGUACGCAGGCUGAGACCCUAUCUGCCCGCAGACUGUCUUGCCAGAGUGGUGCAUGCUCUAGUUAUCUCUCGCUUGGACUACUGUCCAAGCCAGUGAGAGCCAGUGUGGUGUAGUGGUUAAGAGCGGUAGACUUGUAAUCUGGGGAACCGGGUUCGCUUCCCCGCUCCUCCACAUGCAGCUGCUGGGUGACCUUGGGCUAGUCACACUUCUCUGAAGUCUCUCAGCCCCACUCACCUCAGAGUGUUUGUUGUGGGGGAGGAAGGGAAAGGAGAAUGUUAGCUGCUUUGAGACUCCUUCGGGUAGUGAUAAAGCGGGAUAUCAAAUCCAAACUCUUCUUCUUCUUCUUCUGUAAUGCACUCCAUGUGGGGCUACCUUUGAAGGUGACCCGGAAACUACAACUAAUCCAGAAUGCGGCAGCUAGACUGGUGGCUGGGAGCUGCUGCCAAGACCAUAUAACACCGAUCUUGAAAGACCUACUUUGGCUCCCAGCACGUUUCUGAGCACAAUUCAAAGUGUUGGUGCUGACGUUUAAAGCCCUAAACGGCCUAAGUCCAGAAUACCUGAAGGAGCGUCUUCACCCCCAUCAUUCUACCUGGACACUGAGGUCCAGCGCCAAGGGCCUUCUGGCGGUUCCCUUGCUGCGAGAAGCCAAGUUACAGGGAACCAGGUAGAGGGCCUUCUCAGUGGUGGCACCCGCCCUGUGGAACACCCUCCUACCAGAUGUCAAAGAGAAGAACAACUACCAGACUUUUAGAAGACAUCUGAAGACAGCCCUGUUUAGGGAAGCUUUCAAUGUUUAACAGACCACUGUAUUUUAAUACUUUGUUGGAAGCCACCCAGAGUGGCUGGGGAAACCCAGCCAGAUGGGUGGUGUAUAAAUAAUACAUUAUUAUUAUUAUUAUUAUUAUUAUUAUUAUUAUUAAUUAUUAUUAUUUUAUUAUUAUUAUUUUAUUAUUAUUAUUAUUAACCCAAGGUACUAUUUCUGGGUUAGCAGAGUCUGUAACCUGAAGCGUCUGUAACCUGAAGCGUCUGUAACCCGAGGUACCACUGUAUACCAUUGCAGAGAGUCUAGUAAAUAUGCCACCACUUUAACAUCUCAUCCAAAGAAAUCUUAGAAUCAUAGAAUUAUAAAGUUGGAAGGGUUCUCUGAGGGCCAUCUAGUCCAACCCUCUCCAGUGCAAGAAUCAUAGGUGUCCGGGGGGGGGGGCUUGAACCACCAACCUUCCAGAGUAGCGUCCAUACAAUCAAAACACAACACUCUGUACUGCAGGCUUAAAAUAGAAAAAAGACACACAAGAAAACCCAGAAGCCACACACCUUGAGCAGAAAAUGUGGCUGUUCAUAUCACAUCUGGCUUGUUCCCUUCCCACCUGAGCACCCCUCCACCUGCUCUGCCCCCCUCUCUUUCGCAGAUGCAAGGAGGAUGAAGACCUUGACAGUGGUGAAGACGUGGUGCCUGGUCACCAUCUUCUGCAGGUCCUUGGCUCUGUCGCAAAGUCUUGGGCUGGGCGGUCUUCUUGGUUCAGGCUCAGCAAAGACUGAAAAAGGUGAGUUGGACCUCAAACGGGUGACACGAGGGGCAGCUGAAGAGGCAGCACAAGUCCAGCUCCCACACUUUCCAUGGGUUAUAUGAGAGCAAAGAUGAAAUUCCUUGGGAAACACAUUUCUAAGAAACUUCUGCCCUCAAGGUCUUCAACGCCAAAAUUAUAGCUCAAUUGUACUAUGGUAUUCCAGUUUGGCUGCCAGGGUUUACCCAGUUGGUAGAAUGAGUCCAAGCAGUUUUCCUCUUCAAGAUCUUUACUGUCUCACGCUGUGUACCCUAUGCAGCCUUGUGUCUAGAGGGAGGUCAACACAAGGUAGAGACUGUCGCCUGGGCGAGAUUUCCUCUAUGCUGGUAAAGAUGCUCUCCUCAGCGAAGUUUUGUUAGACCCCUUUCUUUCCCCAGGACUACAACAGUUUAACAAGAAGGUACAGCAACUCAGGCGGAACUUUUGUGAUCGAUGUCCCUACCAUCCGCCAAGGCUAUAAUGCAAACUAGGUUGUGAGAUAUUGAGCACCAGGAACUAACAGUAGCAGCAGAGAAAACAUGCUCCCCUCUUAACUUUCAACUUUCUUGGGCACAUGAAAUUAACCACAAUUACCUUGAAUGUCUGCUUAACCCUCAAGAAAGAAGGGCAUUUUCCCUGGCCAGGUUUAAUUCAAAUCCAUCAAACCCCCUUUGGGGAAGGUUCUCAGGCAGGGUGGAAGGAGAAUGACCUUGCCCAGGUGAAGACCACCUGGUGGAAACCCUCACACACGGUUCUUAAUUGUAAACUAUAUGCUGAUCUCCGCCAGCAAUUUCUAGAUCAGCUCUGCAUCCCCAAAUGGAAACCAGAGUUGGAGGCCAUACAUUUUCUAUUACUGGGGAAUGAUCAGGAGCUCACCAAGUUAGUGGCUAAAUAUCUCUAUUUGGUUUUUUGUCAUCAAAAUACACUGCAGACACCUGAUCUCCCUGGAGACCUAGAGAUGUGACAAUAGACUGCUCUGCCUCCUUUAUUUUUGCAAAGGUUUUGUGCCACUGGUACAGGGGAUGCGGGUGGCGCUGUGGGUUAAACCACUGAGCCUAGGACUUGCCGAUCAGAAGGUCGGCGGUUCGAAUCCCCGUGACACGGUGAGCUCCCAUUGCUCGGUCCCUGCUCCUGCCAACCUAGCAGUUCGAAAGCACUUCAAAGUGCAAGUAGAUAAAUAGGUACCGCUCUGGCGGGAAGGUAAACGGCGUUUCCGUGCGCUGCUCUGGUUUGCCAGAAGCGGCUUAGUCAUGCUGGCCACAUGACCCGGAAGCUGUAUGCCGGCUCCCUCGGCCAAUAAAGUGAGAUGAGCGCCGCAACCCCAGAGUCGGUCACGACUGGACCCAAUGGUCAGAAGGUCGCGGUUUGAAACUCCGUGACGGGGUGAGCUCCCUGGACCUAAUGGUCAGGGGUCCCUUUAUGUAGUUAAACUAUGGAACUCACUCCUACAGGAGGCAGCAAGAGUCGCCAACCUGGAAGGCUUUCAAAGAGGUUUGGCAAAUUCACGGAGGAGAAAAGGGAUAUUAAUGGCUGCUCGCCACAGUGGCUCUACUCUGCCACCAAAGUUGGAGGCAGUGAUGUUUCUGAAUCCCAGCUUCUGAAAACUAGAGUAUGAGAGAGGGCUCUUGUGCUUGGAUCCUGCUUGCAGGAUUCCCAUUGGAGCAUCUGGCCACUGCGAGAAAAGGACCUUGAGCCAUUGGCCUGAUCCAGCAGGUUCUUCUUGUAAGCCACUUGGAUAUAUAUAUUUUUAAUGAAACUGUAGUCUAUAAAUAUUUUUAUGUCUGACUACUUAAAUAGCAUCCGUAUUGACAAUAUACUUGGCACGGGAGGUCUAUUAUACACAGACAUUGCUGGGGAAAAGGGGCUCCUGGGGACAUAUCUGAACAUGAAAUUUAUUACGGUCAGAGACCAGCUUAUGAAACACAAAUGGAACUACAAUCCCAAUAGCAAAAAAGACAUUUAAAACAAUAUACAACAAUGGAUUUUAAGUUUAAAAGUGUGAUAGCCGUAUAAACACAUAAAAAGUUUAAGAUAGACUACCAUAGAGAAAUGACCCAAAGUCGCCCGUGGAUCUGGUUUUGGGAAUUUUCUUAACAAACUAGAUUGAAUCAGCGGAUGGUCUGCGCCUACAGAUCUGUGUACAGAAUCUGGCGACAAUCCGGGUUGUCUUGUGGUCUUUGCCUAACAGGAGAAGAUUGAAUUUUUGCUUUACCGGCAGGUCAGUAAGCCUCACCAGCAGGGGGUCAAUGGUUUCUCUACGUGCCUCAUCGUAAAAGGGACAUCUAAAAAAUAUGUGUUCAGGGCUUCCUAUAUCCCCCAAUGGACAGGCGCAAAUUCUCUGGUCAUAUGGGACUUUUUUAAAGGAUCCUUCCAAGACUGGCGAGGGCAAAGCUGAGCUUCGGGCAAGUGUAAAAGCCCCUUUUGCAUUUUUGGAUACAAUAAAAAAGAGAUAUGCUGCUGGAGCAGCUAUAUAUCUCUCAAUUACUACAAUUUUGUAGCUGGGGCACCUUGAGCAGUCCUGUUGUCUCUCGGUGUCUAUAAUUCUUUGCCUAACCAUAGCUUUUGCUUGGCCUAAGUCCAGACUUAGAAGGGCUUGAGGGGCAAACCCCAGUUUCUGAAGAGUGUUCAGGACUGCUGUCUACCAACCUGACUGGAACUGGUCGCAAAGGAUCAGUGGAGCAGUUUCAGUGACAGCCAUUUAUAGAUUGAUGUUAGGCUGAUGUGCGCCUCCACUCUCAUCGCUGGGGACAUGUCUCCUUGGAUGGUUCUCACUAUCUCAGAAACAGCGGUGGUUGGGUGGAGUUUAGGACCUGGGAGACCAGGGUUCAAAUCCCCACGCAGCCAUGAAUUGCUGGGUGGCCUGGCUCCACUCCUUGCCUCUCAGCCCAACCUACCCCACCGGGUUGUUCUGGGGAUUAAAGGAUAAGCAGGAGAACCAUGCAGGCCACCUUGAGCUCCUCGGGGAGAGAAGGUGGGCUAUAAAUGUAAUAUAUAAAUAACGGGGAUCUUCUUGGUGCAGGCAGUGAUUCUGGCAAAGGUGGUCUACUCGGUGGUCUUGGAGGCGGCCUGCUCGGUGCUGUCGGAGGAGGAGCAGUAGAUGGAGUACUUGGAGCUGUUGGUGGUGGAGGUGACAGCAAAGGCGGUGGCUUGCUUGGAGCUGUUGGUGGCGGUGGAGGAGAAGGUGGAGGUGGAGGUGGCCUGCUUGGCGCUGUUGGAGGUGGCGAUGGAGGUGGCCUGCUCGGCGCUGUUGGAGGUGGCGAUGGAGGUGGCCUGCUCGGCGCUGUUGCUGGAGGAGAUGGCCUGCUCGGUGGUGGAGGAGGCCUUCUUGGCAACACCACCGGAGGUCUACUUGGUGGUGGUGGUGAAUCUGGAGGUGGCGGCCUGCUUGGUGGUGCUCUGGGUGGCGAUCUCCUCGGCAAAAAUGGCCUCCUGGGUGGUGAUCUUCUUGGUGGAGAGAACGGUCUUCUUGGUGGAAACCUACUUGGUCUGGGAGGUCUCCUCGGCGGUGGAGGAUCCAAGGAGCCGUUCCAAUGGUGAGUUGGUGUGGGCAAGGGAGCAGCCGUUGCAGUUGACAGACCACGUCCCCAACCAGAAUGAGAGCCUGUAGGUCCAUCACCACCCCUAAUUCUGGACCUGGUUGCACUACAGGCCAAUUCUGCUCUCCUUCUCUUCCCUUCUACCACUAGGAAGGGUAUUGAUAAGCUGGAAGGGGUGCAGAGGAGGGUGACCAAGGUGACCAAGGGUCUGGAAACCAAGUCUUGUGAGGAACGGUUGAGGGAGUUGGGCAUCUUUAGCCUGAAAAAGAGGAGACUGAGAAGAGAUAUGACAGCCAACUUUAAAUACCUAAAGGGCUGUCACAUGGAAGUGGGAACAAGCUUGUUUUCUCCUGCUCUGGAGGAUAGGACAUGAACCAGUAGAUUCGAGUUACAAGAAGGGAGAUUCCGACUAAACAUUAGGAGGGCCAUCCUGAGGGUAACAGCCAUUUGUCAGUGGGAUGGACUCCCUCAGAAGGUGGUGGGUUCUCCUUCAUUUGAAGUUUUUAAGCAGAGAUUGAAUGGCCAUCUGUCAUGGAUGCUUUAGUUGAGAGACCUGCAUUGCGGGGGGUUGGAAUAGACGAUCAUUGGGAUCUCUUCCAACUCUACAAUUCUAUGAUUCUAAGAGCAUCUUAUUAGGCAAGAUCUAUUAUCUUGUUGGGGUUGAACCACAUCAGUGCCAUUAGGAGGAGAGAGUGGGAUGGAUACAUGACUUUGCAAUGUGUGCCGACCAUUCUGGGGUCUCCAUGCAUCUUCUCCCUUCUGUUAUGUUGCUCACAGGUUUAAUGCUGUGAACCUUGAGGUUGUUGGAGGGUCCUGGAAGGUCAUCCGUGGAAAUGAGCUACAGCUCAACCUACAUGCAACUAUUACUACUAAUUUGCCAGGGUGAGUCAUGAGAGCCAGAGCUGCUUCCUUCACAUUCAGCUUGUUCUGAAAUUAAUAUGAGCAGGAAAGGGCAAAAGUCCAGUAGCAGAAGACAUAUUUUGCACCUCUAUGCAUCCUUCCCCAACCUUCUCUUUUCCUAGAUGUUGCCAGACUACAUCUCCCAUCAGCCCUGGCAUCAUAUAUCUGUGCUGAUGGGAGAUAUAGUGCAAAAGACAGGGAGAGCACCAGGUCAGCGAAGGCUAGCCCCUAACAUCUCCAGCUGAAGGGAUUCCAAUAAGCAGGAGGGCUAGGAAGGAACUCUGCCUGAGAUUUUGCAGAGAUGCUUCCAUACCAAGUCGAGGUGGCCAAAAAGGAUGGGCCGGUUGCCUGGUUUCUUCCAAGGUAGCUCCUUCCCACCACAAACACCUUAAUGAGGAUUUGUUGACUGUGGUCAAUGCCUCUCCUUAUCCAAAUGCUUCUGAGUUCCCCCAGGUUCUUCUUCACUGUCCCACUCAUCUGCCCCAACCAGCUCUUGUUGUUGUUUAGUCCUUUAGUCGUGUCCACCUCUUCGUGACCCCCUGGACCAGAGCACGCCAAGCACUCCUGUCUUCCACUGCCUCCUGCAGUUUGGUCAAACUCAUACUGGUAGCUUUGAGAACACUGUCCAACCAUCUUGUCCUCUGUCGUCCCCUUCUCCUUCUGCCCUCCAUCUUUCCCAACAUCAGGAUGGUGUUUCCUGCUUGGCAGGGGGUUGGACUCGAUGGCCCUUGUGGUCUCUUCCAACUCCAUGAUUCUAUGAUUCUAUGAUUCUAGGGUCUUUUCCAGGGAGUCUUCUCUUCUCAUGAGGUGGCCAAAGUCUUGGAGCCUCAGCUUCAGGAUCGGUCCUUCCAGUGAGCACUCAGGGCUGAUUUCCUUCAGAAUGGAGAGGUUGGAUCUUCUUGCAGUCCAUGGGACUCUCAGGAGUCUCCUCCAGCACCAUAACCAGCUCUAGGCAGCCCCAAAGCUCUGCAGUUAAACCAAUGUCAACCAGAAGGGCUGAGAUGCCCUUGUGGGACUUCCCCAUUGCUCCUGGCUUGCCUAGCACACUCCUGUACAGUGUAGUGUCAGAAAAUGCUUCUUCAGUGUCAUCUACCUGAUAACCUGUUGUCAUCGGUGUGUCUACAGGGUUAGCAUCCAUCAGAUUUAGCUUGCUUAACACAUCAGCAAUUUUCCGUGACUGGUGUACUAGAAUGUUACCAUCUUGAUCUCUCUCUAUUUCCAGAGAUAGGUAGUUGUUUACCUCACCAAGAUCUUUCAUGUCAAAGUGCUCUUUCAGUUGAGCUAGGGCGCUAUUGUACAUUGCGACAUCUUUCCAAAAGAAUAAUAAAUCAUCAACAUAAAACAAACAGUACAGUUUCUUUUGCCCCUCCUCUUUGACAAAUACACAUGGAUCAGCUUUCCUUGCUGAAAACCUAGAGAAAACAAUACUUCAGUGAGUUUUGUGUGCCAACACCGUGCACUUUGUUUGAGACCAUAAAGGGAUUUCUUCAGAGCACAAACAAAUCCCUGUUUUACCUGUACGCCAUCAGGUGGAAGCAUAUAAAGUGAUUCAUCUAGAGAUCCGUACAGAAAAGCUGUAUUAAUAUCAUGGUGACUAAUGUGUAGAUUUUCCUCUGCAGCUAGCUUGAGCAUAAGCCUAAUACUUUCAUAUCUCACUGUGGGUGAAUAGGUCUCGUGAUAGUCUUCACCUGGUACCUGUGCAAAACCUCUGGCUACCAAUCUGGCUUUGUGUCUGACUAUCUUGCCAUUUUGAUCUGUCUUCGCGUUGAAGACCCAUUUGCUUCCAAGCAGUUUCAUUCCUGGAACUACUGGAACUAGCUCCCAUGUUUUGUUCCUUUCUAAGGAAUCAAGCUCAGCCUUCAUGGCAUUUAACCAUGGCUCAGCUUCCUUUGAAUCCAAACCCUGGAUUUCUUGGAAAUUUGAAGGUUCAAAUACCUUCUUGGAGCUUUUAACAGCUGUUACUGCUAUCUUAGCAAACUCAUCAGCAAAUCUCUUUGGAGGUUUGCCUUUGUGGCUCUCUGUGACCUACGAAUUAGCCUUAAGUCUUCAACACUCUCCUCUUCCUUCUUAGGAGAAAAAUGACCUAUUGUGAACAAUGGUUCCUCCAAUUCUUGAUCAGAGCUUUCAGAGGGUCGCAUAGAGGCUUUCGCACUCUUGAAAUCCUCUGAAUCACCCGAUUCAGUUUCAGAUUCAGACUCAGAACCUUCAUCAGUGGGUGUGGGCUGUUGUGGUUGCUUUUGACUAUCCUCAGUCUCAUCACCGUCAUCAGGAUAACAUUGGAAAAUUCCCACAUUCUCCCCCACUUUGCAUUGUACUCAACACUUCUCGUGAGCUUAAUUGUCUUAGAGUCAGUCAUCAUUAUUCUGUAAGACCCUUUCUGAUAACCUAGAAAGACACCAUGCAAUCCACGCUUGUCUAACUUGGAGUUUUGUGGUGAGCGAACCCACAUGUCAGAACCAAAAAUCUUCAUGUGUUUGAUGUAUGGCUUCUUGCCAAACAUCUUCUCAUAGGGGGUACAUCCAAUCGCUGAAGAUAACCUGCGAUUGUAACUGUAAACAAAACACGAGAGAGAUUCGGCCCAAUAACUCUCUGGAAGAUUGGCAUCAUGCAGCAAGGUUUUUAACCCUUGAAGCAAUGUCUGAUUUGCCCGUUCCGCAAGUCCAUUCUGCCAUGGCGAGCGAGGACUAGACAAAUCGUGUUGAAUUCCUUUCUCAGUCAGAAAAGCUUCAAACUGCUGAGAAGUGAAUUCCCCCCCGCGAUCACUGAAAAGAGUCUUUAUCUUCUUACCAUGCACAUUUUCCAGCCAAGCACAGAAUUCCUUGAACCUAGGAAAAGCCUCCGAUUUCUGCUUGAGAUUGUACACAAAAAUAUAUCUAGAAAAUGCAUCAAUGAGAACCAUGAAGUAUCUAUUUCCACCCAAAGAGGGCGCUAAUGGUCCAACCAAAUCAGCAUGAACAACCUGGUAUGGUUCUGUAGCUUUCCUACUAGACACCUUACCUUUCGCAGCCAUUUUCAUUUUGUUUGCUGCGCAUGCUUUGCACUUCAUGUGGUACCUGCAGGGUUUAAUAGUCAUACCUUCAACCAAGGCAGGCAUUUUAGAUACUGCCUCAAAAUGCAAAUGACCAAAUUUGCGAUGAAAAUCGUGAAUACAUUCUGCAUGCAAACUUUUGUUAGAACCUGUAAUGCAACAAGUGUCAUCCUGCACCACAUCAUCAUAAUACAAAACAAACAAAUGAUCAACAUAUUCUGCAUGCAAUACAUAAUCAUUUUUCUUUGUGAUGAUGCACUUCUUGUUCUUGAAGGAAACGUCAAUGUUCCGCUCAUUCAGCUGUCCAACGCUGAGCAGAUUAUGUUUGGCGUCUGGCACGUAAAGCACAUUCUGUAUCGAUAAGUCCAAACUGUGAAGAACAACAGUUCCGUAGCCUUUACUGGGAAUAGUGUGGUCAUCCGCCUGGUGAAUCGCACCUUCCUGCGGUGUAAAAGACACAAACAGUUUCUUAUCGUUGCACAUGUGGUGGGUGGCCGCUGAAUCAACAACGAAGAAAGAUCUAGACGUCUUCUGGACCUCUGCAACCUUUGGAGUGAAGCGUGAAACCAUAGCCUUGUGCUGCGUUGUCCUAGACACCGGACCUUUGCCUUUACCUCGGCCUUUCCGCGCGAUGAGCUUCGCUGCGCUGCUCUGUCUUGGCCCUGGGAUGUCUGCAUUCCCUCUUCAUAUGGCCUAGACGUCCACACGUGUAGCAUUUCACUGCCUUCAAAGCUUUGGCGCCAUCUGGUGGUUCCACUGCACUAUGGGAUGACGUCUGUGAAGACUCUCCCUUGCCCAUGCAGCUAGCACCCCGGCGAUCUGCUUCAUUUAUAAUCACGGCAGUAACAAAGUCCACUGUCAGCUGAGCAGUUGGUUGCACAGCAAUCUGGGUUGCAACAGACUCCCAACCUGAACCCAAAGAUUGUAGUAUCAUGAAAGAAUACACAGCCUCUGGAAAGUUGAGUCCUCUCUGUUGCAGCUCAUGUCUCAGAUUUUGCAUCUGCAUCAGAUGUAAACGCACAUCUCCAGCUCCUGACAACCUUCAGGAGGGAGAUGCAGAGGCGCGUCUAAGCAUGCAUGGUCUGGUCCUGCCUGUAUGUGCUGUGGGUGGCCUGCACUGAGUUGCAACACUAUAUUCUCAUCCAGCCUUUCUACAAAGAGACAUUCCCAGAGCAUGGCAUACUCCACAAUGUCUUAACCUAAGAAUAUAGGAAGAGCUGGCUGCUGGAUCAGGCCAAUGGCCCAUCUGGUCCAGCAUCCUAUCCUCAUAGUGGACAACCAGAUGUCUCCCCCUGGGAAUCCUGCAAGCGGGACCCGGGCAUGGGGUUCCUCUCCCCUCCUGCAACUGGUUUCCAGCAACUGGUAUUCAGAACCAUCACUGCCUCCAACUGUGGAGGGAGAACGUAACCAUCCUGGCUAGUAGCCACCAAUAGCCCUCUCCUCCUCCAUGAAUUUGUCCAAUCCUCUUUCAAACCCACCCAGGUUCAUGGCCUCCUGUGGGAACGAGUUUAACAGCUUGUCCAUGCGCUACAUGAAGAAGAACUUUCGUUGAUCUGUCCUGAAUCUUCCAACAUCCAGCUUCAUUCGAUGCCCAUCAGUUUUAGUGCUACGGAAUAGAGGUUUUCAAACAAUGACCCAGGUGUUUCCCAAAAGCUGGUUGACAAGAGAGGCAGCUUGCCUCUCUGCGGUUUUUCUUUUGCAACCCACAGCUGCCAGAGAGCACUGAGCAUGUUCUGGGUCAAGCUUCCACUUUAGUUUGUGCUGAGCGCCUCUGCAAGGCCCUACAGCCUCUGGCCAUUCCCCACAUGAGCUGAUGACACAUCCCAGAACACUCUCUGGCCCCUGCAGGUCCCUUCCCAACACUCAAAGCCCAGCACCCCUGUCUGACUUUGUCUCCCAGGGUGCUCAGUUUUCUCAGCGGAACUUCCGUGGUGAUGGACAUCAGCCCUCACCUGGCCUUAACCCAAGACAAACCGGGAGAUCUCAAGCUGGUCCUUAAGAACUGCCAGGAUAUGGUCGCUGGCUUCAGCAUCAAGCUGCCAAGCAGGUGGGCAUUAAAGGUUUUGGGGACUUAUCUGGGUGGUUUCCUUAUCAUUUUGGGAAGUGUAAAUAAAUCAGACUAAAAUUAAAUCUUCUCCCAGUUUCUCCUCUAUCCUUACCUGUUCUGACUUCACCUCAUCCACUCUGCCUCUCUGAGAAUCACUGCGGUGUUUGAAACAGAAGGUGGCAUCUCUCAUUCCAUUAGCCAAGCAUUUCUGCUUCCACAGUAGAACUCCCCAUUAUGUACACCAUGCGUCCUCCCUAAAUCUUCUCCAAAGGCUUGGAAGAACCCCCAGAUCAGAUUUAGGGGGAGUGUGGGGACAGAGGAGCAAGGAGGAACGUUCAUUUGUGGAAGCAGAAGUCCUUGUGCUAAUGGAAUCAGUGACUGGAUGUAAACCAGAUUGGCCAACCAGCUCUUAUGGCUCGCACUCAGGGCUUAUCCACACUUUGCUUUCCUCCACUCUUUCAAGGUGAAGUUUUUAACUUAACGCUCCGUGCCCAAGGAACUUUUCUUUUUCUUUUGCUAUGAAGUUUUUGCCGCCAAAAUCUACUCUUUAAAGCUCAAUUGGAAGAAACGUCAAUGUAUGGGAAACCUGAACUGACUUUCAUGCCGUUUCAGCUUUUUGUGGGGAAGGUCAGGGCAGAAACAAAACAAAACAAAACACAAACAAAACAAAACAAAACAAAACAAAACAAAACAAAACAAAACAAAACAAAACAAUGCUCAUCCAUGGACCAGAUCUCUCUACUUGGAAUGAGCUGAGCAAAAGUAAAGUGGGGAUAAGCUCCCAGAGUUCAGUGGGACUAGCUUCAUUGUGUUUCCAUUUUGAAUCCUUGUCAUUUCCCCCCUUCAUUCCUUGUUUUGUUUAGAAUUAUAGGGUUUUUUCAAAUAUUCUAACAGUAUGCAAGGGGGCAGAGAAAUCCUCUCACUAUUAGGAAAAGGGGAAAUUGCAGAUUUAUUACUGCACCACCCUCCUCUGCACAUCUGCAGAGCCAAGUAGAGUCCAGUAUGGUUUCAAAUUGGAUAGGGGACCACGUGUUGAGAUUCCUGCAUUGCAGGGGGUUGGAUUAGAUGUCCCGCAUUGACCCAUCCAACUCUACGAUUCUACGAUUCUUAUUGGCUACCAGUCACCUGCAUCUUUAUAAUGUUCACUGCACAACCGACUCCUGGAUCAAGGCCAAAGUAGCCCUAAGCAAUCAUCAUAAUCAAGACUCAGUUCCCUAUAAGGUCACAUUCCUUUUUUAAAAAUAUAAUCUUUAUUAGUUUAACACAUAAACAUAUAUACAUAGAUAACAAGUCAUAUUCCUUGGUGAUAAGAGCAGGAGACACGUUGUGACAUUGGGGGAUCCAGCUCUGAAAUCUGAUUGGGAUUGUUUUGUCCCUUUCCUCCUUAGCUUGCUUGCAAACCUGUUGAGUGGCGUCAUCAAUUCUGGCCUCCGUACCCUCCUGCCUUCAGUGGUGAGUAGCCAAUAGUCUACAUGUAUUGGGGCAAAAGGCUGACAAAUGGCUUGGAAGAAUGGAAACUGGAGAGCAAGUAGUUGGGGGACGGCCAUGGCUCAGUGGCAGAGCAUCUGACUUAUUAUUUCCAUGUUAAUAAUAAUGAUGAUGAUGAUAGGGACCCCAAGGGUCAUCUAGUCCAGUGUUCUUCAAACUUGGGUCCCCAGAUGUUCUUGGACUACGUCCCAUCAUCCCUAUUGGCAAAGAUGACUGGGAACCCAAGGUUGAAGAACUCUGAUCUUGUGAUAUCUCAGAAGUUGGCAUUGUUCUUCUUUCCAGAUGUGCCCAGUGUUCCAACUCUGGUUCAAUGUUGUCAACAUGCAACUCCAAGCUCUCAACAGUAAGUUUCCUUUCUAAACCUUCCUCUCGUUUGCAAGCUUGUGGGGAGAUGCUGAUGGCGUAAUCCUGCCCCAUCCCAGCUUCCAAUGGACUCUCUCGCGGUCCCCCUGCCCUCAUUCAUGCCUCUCUCCCCUCCCUGUUCAGAAUACGCCUCCUUCGGGCUCCUUGGGAAACUCCAGACAGCUCUCUCCAGCGUGCCGAUUUCAACGGGACAGUUUUCUGAAAUGGACCUGAAGGUGUGUUCUUCACGUGUAUUGGCUUUCUUGCACCUCCUGCUCCUCCUGGGGUGCUUCCAUGUUCUAAGGACUUCUUCUGCCCAAGCUUCUCUUGGACAAAGCUCCCCUCCCCAGGGACCUCAAGCUUUUACGAUUACCCUUAAAUGGAAAUAAAUAUGGAUCACAGCUUCCACUUCCGUAGACACCCAGGGGUGCAUUUCCCACAAUCUUGGGUUCUUUGCCUGUCUUCCCAUCUCUGCCUCCUCUUUUAUAAAAGUGGGGUGUGGAGAUGCAUGAGAUUCAGCCCAAGAACAGAGUGAGUCACACAACUGGCCCAGCUAUCUCAGUUAUAUUGUCGAAACCAGUGAUUUUCAACCUUUUUGAGUCCACGGCUGCCUUGAUCCCUUACAGUAGGUGGAGAUUCCCCGCUUCCUCCAAGCCCCUUUCGGCGCCACUUUUUGCAUGUGUGUAAGUGGGAGCAUGGGUGGCACUGUGGGUUAAACCACAGAGCCUAGGACUUGCUGAUCAGAAGGUCAGCGGUUCGAAUCCCCGCAACAGGGUGAGCUCCCGUUGCUCGGUCCCUGCUCCUGCCAACCUAGCAGUUCGAAAGCACAUCAAAGUGCAAGUAGAUAAAUAGGUACCACUCUGGCGGGAAGGUAAAUGGCAGUUUUAUGUAAUUUGAGGGACGCAGGUGGCACUGUGGGUUAAACCACAGAGCCUAGGGAUUGCUGAUCAGAAGGUCGUGGUUCGAAUCCCCGUGACGGGGUGAGCUCCCGUUGUUUUGUCCCUGCUCCUGCCAACCUAGCAGUUCGAAAGCACACCAGCACAAGUAGAUAAAUAGGUACCACUCUGGCAGGAAGGUAAAUGGCAUGGUUCGCCAGAAGCGGCUUAGUCAUGCUGGCCACAUGACCCGGAAGCUGCACGUCGGCUCCCUUGACCAGUAAAGUGAGAUGAGCGCCACAACUGGACCUAAUGGUCAGGGGUCCCUUUACCCUUUACCUUUAAGUAUGUCUUUAUGUCUUGAAGGGAACCCAAUCAAUGCCACCACUUUGCAGGGCCGAGCUGACGCCACCCCCUUCCUGAAAUUAGUGUGCACAAGGGGGCUGGAGAGGGCAAAACAAGAUUGAGACCAGAAGUAGAAAUAUUUUCUUAUUGCAGGGAAGGAAAAAGAGAAGCAUGUAGCAGAGGGCACACAUGCAGAUAUGGUCCUUCCGUGAUCCAGCAGGCUAUUUUUGCAUCCUUAUGAAGAAAGCAGAACUUUCUUCUUGGAGUGAUCUCUCCCAGUCCCUGAAGAUGUGUGCCAUGUUUUAUCUGACUCUCUUUCUUCCCCUUUUGUAGGACAAGCCUUUUCCGGGAGCCUUCCUCAAGUGGCUACUUGACUGUAAGUUUCCCCUCCUUCCCACCAUCCCUAUGGGCUGAGAUACUUAAGAAUCACGAUGUUUCCUUUUUUGGGGUUCUGGCGCCUGUCUGGGCCAAGGGCCAACCCAGACAGGAUGGGGGCAACCCCAUUUAUUCAUGGAUAUGUCUGUCUUAUUCACGUGUGAGGUGAGAUGUGGAGGCUUAUUUUUGCAGCAAAAGGUGUACACACAGGUGUGGUGGGCUGAACCCACUGCUUGGGACCACCUUACCUGGCUGUGCCCAAUACCUGCUUCAGGCACUUCCUGUUUCAGAUCUGAGCUGGGAGAAAAGGGUCUGCAUUAGGGAAGAGAGGAGGGUAAUUCUCCACUCACCCAUUGAGACUUUUGCCUCUGUUUGUGGGUUAAAAAAGAAAAAAAGGCUUUGGACGUCAACAGGGGAAGGAAACAUGGCUGCUCCUAUUGCAACUAGUUUGACUGCAUUUAUUUAGUUAUUUCAUAAAAAUGUGUUCACCCUUUGAUUAUAAAAUAAAACCUCCAAGCGUUUUACAAAAGAGAUAAAACCACAAAAUCACCAGUGGGAUGAAUAAACAAGAAUAACAAAUUAAAAUAGCAACGGACUGAAAACAGAUUAAAACUUGCAUUGGCUUUCUAAAGAUCCGGGUAGUUCGUCUAAACAAAAAAUGUUUUUAGCAUGCCCCAAAAGCGAAGGCGCCUGAUGACAACAGGCAGGGAGUUCCAAAGUGUAGGUGCUGCCCUGAAUUUUAUAAUGGGAGCGCCCAAUGUUAAAGAUGCAGUUGAGGCUGCAAGGGUGAUCCCCUAUGGACACAACGCACCCUUUGAUGUCCCAGGAAUCAGGCCUACCCCAGCCAUGCCAGAUCAAAUGGGUGGGAGUGGAAGGCGAUGGUUGGGCUGCCCGGUUGGGAACAAUAACCAGCUUGCUUCUCUGCAGUUGCCCGUUCUUUUGGUGGACACAAGACUCGCUGA